CCAUCACGGUCGUGUGUGAUCCGACGCGUUGCGAUAUCGUUACGUUCUCGUGUGUUGUCCGCUCCAUUUGUGGAAUCUGUGGAGUGCUGUAGGUGCAGUGCUGUGACAGUGUGUUUUUGGUAAUACUGAAUAGUGUAUCGCUACAAAAUACCACUGUCAUCCGUGUGCGGCUCUUUACUCGGAGUUGCCUAACGGCUGUUCGCCUAGCGAGGGAAGGCGGAUUGCUUGCACCGGGAGGAAUGAGCCCCGUACAUUACUGCUCCCACACUCACCGAUGAUCUCAAGAGAAAAUGUAUAUAGAAACCCUACCACUCGUAGUUUGGACGCUCUUAGUAACGACGACAAAUGUAGCAACGCAAAGCCAAUAUGGAAUAGGCUUAGGAAUAAAACGAGAAGUAUUUUUCUUAAAUUUAGAAGACGGAUAUUUCGGCUGCCAAGUUAACGAAUCGACACAAAUUUUACAGUUAUACGAAUUAUCAAAAUUAUGUGACGGUGUGCCCGAUUGUUAUAAAGCAUCCGACGAACUUAGGACAGAACUAAAAUGCACAGAUGACUGUACCAAAGAUGAUGGAGCGCGUUGUGAAAAUGGCGCUUGUCUAAACGGUGUGUGUUACUGUAAUGACGGUUUCGGUGGAUGUAAUUGCCAAGAGGAAGACGUCAAUGAAUGUAAAGACCGGCCUUGUGAUGUCUUUGCCCAUUGCACAAACACCGUUGGAAGCUUUCAAUGCUCAUGUUUUCCGGGUUAUGUUGGCGACGGGUUUACAUGCAAAGAUGUAAAUGAGUGCGAAGAUCCAACAAUAUCAGCGAGAUGUGUUAAAAACGCUGAAUGCUGUAAUUUACCUGCUCAUUUCAUUUGCAAGUGCAACCGUGGCUUUGAAGGAGACGGAGAAGAGGAAUGUCGAGAUAUCGAUGAAUGUAAACGUCCAGGUGCUUGUGGUGUAAACGCAAUUUGUCAAAACUAUCCUGGGAACUACACCUGUGCAUGUAAAGCCGGGUAUACAGGAAAUCCCUUUGACGGAUGCGUUGAUGUGGACGAGUGCAGUCAUGACAAAGCGUGCGGGAAGGGUGCUGAGUGCCGUAAUCUCGAGGGUGGCUAUGAGUGCAGUUGCCCACAUGGAUUAGAGGGAGAUCCACGCGUUGACUGUCUUGAUAACAAUUUAUGCAGAAGCGUUUCAUGUGGGCGCGACGCACUCUGUGAAAACCUUCCUGGUGCCCAUCGCUGCGUUUGUCCCCCAGGUUAUGAAGGCAAUCCUGACGUCCAAUGUAUUGACGUGGAUGAGUGUAAGAGUGGCAAGUCUGUCUGCGGCGCCAAUGCAAAGUGCACAAAUACCGUUGGCAGUUUUGUAUGCACAUGUGGGCCUGAGUAUACGGGCGAUCCUAAUUCACCUGAGGGAUGUCAUGAUAUUAAUGAAUGUGAAAUCUUGGAGCAUCCUUGUGGUUUAAGAGCCUUGUGUGAAAACACUGACCCGGGAUACAAUUGUGUUUGUCCACAAGGAUAUGCAGCAAAACCGGACCCACAAAUUGCUUGUGAACAGGUUGAUGUAAACACAUUAUGCAAGUCUAAUUUUGAUUGUACUAACAAUGCUGAAUGUAAAGAACAUCAAUGCUAUUGUAAAGAUGGUUUUGAUGCUAAAGGUUCCUUCUGCGUUGACAUUGAUGAGUGUCAAAAUAAAACAGUAUGCGGAGAUAACGCAGUAUGUUCAAAUUCACAAGGAAGUUAUAAAUGUGAAUGCGGCGUAGGAUAUAUUGGAUCUCCACCCAAUAUAAUUUGUAGAGCACCUUGUGAAGAUGUACAAUGUGGCGACCAUUCUUAUUGCAAGCCAGAUGGAUCAAAUGCCUAUUGUGUUUGCGAAGACGGCUGGACAUUUGAUCCAAGUGACAUAUCCGUGGGCUGUGUUGACAUUAAUGAAUGUGAUUUGUCUAUUGGAAUUACUGGACGUUGUGGUCAAAACGCUCACUGCUCUAAUACUUUAGGAAGUUUUGGUUGUAGUUGUCCAGAAGGCUACACUGGUGAUGCUUAUAUUGAAUGUUUCGAUUUGAAUGAAUGCUUAAAUGAAAAUUCGUGUGGUAUAGGAGCAAACUGUAUUAAUAUUGAAGGAUCCUUUAUUUGCGAAUGUCCCGAAGGAACUAUACCGGAUCCUGAACCUAACAUAAGAUGUUCGGAAAUUAUUCUAUGUAAAAUGGACAAAGAUUGUCCCGGAAAUGCCAUAUGCGAUUCAAAUAAGAAGUGUGUCUGUCCGGAACCUAAUAUUGGCAACGAUUGCCGUCAUCCAUGCGAGUCUUUACAAUGUGGAAGCAAUUCAGAAUGUCUUCUUACUGAUCAAACUGCUCAAUGUACAUGCCGCAGUGGAUUUACUGGUAAUCCAUUAUCGGUUAUUGGAUGUCAAGAUAUUAACGAGUGUACUUUUAAUUCAUGUUCAACUGGUGCUGUAUGUAAGAACUUGCCUGGUAGUUUCCAAUGUGAAUGCCCAGGCAACUUUAGUGGAGAUCCUUAUAUAAAUGGAUGUGUUAUGAGUAAAACACCUAAUGGUUGCAGUAAUAUUAAUCCAUGUCCGCUUGGUGAGCAGUGUGUUCUACACGAAGGGGAAAAUGUUUGUAUAUGUUCACAAGGUUUUUCUCGAAAUGAGGAAACUAGCCAAUGUGAAGAUAUAAAUGAAUGUAUACUAAACGGACGUACUCCAUGCGGAUUAAAUGCAUUAUGUAAAAAUUUACCUGGAAGCUAUGAAUGUAAAUGUCCUCCAGAAUAUAGUGGCAAUCCAUACAAACUAUGUGAAAUAUGUGAUGACAUAAAUUGCCAGUGUUUACCACCAUACAAAGUUGUAGACGGCAUUUGUGUUUUAUCCGGCUGUUCAAAUGGCAAAAAAUGUGGUUCAGGAGCAGAAUGUAUUAUAAUUUCUGAUGGAGUUAGCUAUUGUGCAUGUCCUGCUGGAUACUCUCAAAGCCCAGAUGGUGCUUGUGAAGACAUCAAUGAGUGCAAUUUUGAUCAUCCAGUUUGUGGCUUUGGGGCUGAAUGUGUAAAUACAAUUGGAUCUUAUAGUUGCAAGUGUCCUCCGGGAUAUGGUAAAGAUGAUGUGUCAGGUCAUUGCAGCUUGAACCAAAAGAAGUGUAUAAGUGAUUCAGACUGUUUCUCCAAUGAAAAGUGUGUGCAACCAGGAAAUUGUGUAUGUCCACCCCCUUUUUAUUUAGACGUAACAGAUGGGCAGAAAUGUAAGAGUCCGUGCGAACGAUUUGUUUGUGGAAUAAAUGCUAAAUGCACACCAAGUGAUCCUCCCAAAUGUAUGUGUAUGCCUGGUUUUGAAGGAGAUCCUUACACUGGUUGUACUAAUAGAAAUGAGUGUCACAGUGCACCUUGCGCUUAUGGUGCUAUAUGUCAUGAUGAAAGAGGUGGAUAUAAGUGUACGUGUCCACAAAAUAUGAUAGGAGAUCCAUACAAAGGAGGAUGUACAACAGAAGCUGGCUCGCUACCUAGACAAUUGUGUAGUAAAAGUAACCAAUGUCCCAAUAAUCUCGCUUGUUUGAAUCGUACUUGUUUAUCUCCUUGUACAACUGUUGCUUGUGGACCCAACGCUUUUUGUGAAGUCGACAAUCAUGCUGCUUGGUGUCGCUGUAAUCCAGGUUAUACAAAACCAGAAGGCGGAAAAUGUAUUUCCGGUUGUGAUAAUUAUGCUUGUGCUUCGGGUGCGCAAUGUAUAAUAUCAAAAAGUGGGCCGACUUGUGUUUGCCCAGAAGGUUUGGUUGGAAAUCCAUUUCCCGGGGGAUCCUGUAAGACGGACACUUGCGGACCAGGUCUGUCUUGUGAUGAGCCCUUAACUUGCGUAUCAGGACGAUGUCGGCAACGAUGUGAGAAUGUUGUUUGUGGAGUCGGUGCGUCCUGUGACGAAGAAAGUGGUCGCUGUGUUUGCAAUACAUUCUUUGUUGGAAAUCCGGAUCUUCUAUGCAUGCCUCCUGUUAUACCUCCAAAUUGUGAACCUGGUUGUGGGCAGAAUGCUCAUUGCAUGUAUGGACAAAUAAAUACUUGUAAAUGUGACAAAGGUUACACAGGAAAUCCCUAUUUACGGUGUACAACUCGAAAACAGAUAACUUGUGCUAGUACUAAAUGCGGUACAAAUGCAAUUUGCCAGCAAACAAGAUCGCAUGUUGAAUGCUUGUGUCCCCCUGGAUAUUUAGGAAAUCCGAACUUGCAAUGUAUAGAUAUUGAUGAGUGUAGUUCAAGACCAUGCGGAGAAAAUGCUAUUUGUAUUAACACCCCAGGAAGCUACAGUUGUGUUUGCAGAAGCAAAUAUGUUGGUAAUCCAUAUGAAUUGUGUACGCAAAUAACUCUUUCCAAAUGUGUAGAUGGUAGCGGUUGUUCAUGUUCGAGCAAUGUCACAUGCCCUGAUGGAUAUGUUUGUGAAGCGUCUAAAUGUGUAGACAAAUGUCGAACUAUGACAUGCGGCCCGAAGUCAAUUUGUGAAGGAGGUAAAUGUAUGUGUUUACCUGACUACAUAGGUAAUCCCAACGACCUUAUUCAAGGUUGCACCUUAAACAAAAAGUGCAUUAUAGAUGGAGACUGUCAGGAUUCAGAAAUAUGUUUCCAAAUUGGUAAAAGUGUCCGGAAAUGUGUAGACGCUUGUAGUAAAAUACAAUGUGGACCUAAUUCUCUAUGUUUAACCACUAACCACCAAGCACAUUGUAUUUGUGUAGAGGGCUACGUAGGCAAACCAAGUGAUAUUAAAACUGGAUGUCAUUUGCAACAAAAGGAACCAAAUGAAGUAGAAUGCAAUGUAAAUAGUGAUUGUACACCACCACAGAUUUGUGAUGCAGUAGAUGGUACGACAAAAAGAUGUUUAGAUUUGUGUUCAACUGUUGCAUGCAGUGCCAAUGAAAUCUGCAAAGUUAUGGAUGACAUUGCUCGUUGUGAGUGCAAAGAAGGUUUUAUUUGGAAUCCCGUUAGUUCAAAUUGUGAACAACCAACAACGCCAAACUGUGGUAAAGAUGAUGACUGUGAAGAUAAUAGGUCAUGUCAAAGAGAUGUUUUAGGUGUAAAAAAAUGUAUUGAUAACUGCUUGUUAUUUACCUGUCCACAAAACUCAAAGUGUAUUUCUAAAAAUCACAAGAGUCAAUGUGAAUGUUUAUCAGGAUUUGUUGGUAAUCCUAAUGAUCGCGACGGUUGUCUACCUAUAGAUAAAAAUGAAUGUAUGAACGAUGUUGAAUGUAAAGAAGAUGAAAUUUGCAAAAAUAUUGGUAACAUAAAUAAGUGCAUACCAGCCUGUCAGGACGUCCACUGUGGACCAAACGCUGUCUGCGUUACAAAUAACCAUGAUGCUAAAUGUCAAUGCCCAUCGGGUCCUUAUACGGGUAAUCCCGACGAUCUAGAUAAAGGAUGUCAAUCAGUACCCUGCGUUUACAAUAUCGACUGCCUCUCUCAUGAGCUUUGCAAUCGGAUGACCCAUAAAUGCAUUAAUGUAUGUGAUGAAAAUAGUUGCGGUGAAAAUUCAGUAUGCAUAGCAGAUGAACAUAAGUUUGAAUGCCAAUGCUUAAGUGGUUAUAUGCCAGACCCCAUACCGGACAUAGCUUGUAAGAAGCUAGAUUUAUGUAAUCCUAAUCCUUGUCAUCCUACUGCAUUAUGUGAACCUCUCCAAUUAACUUACAACUGCAUAUGUCCUACUGGAUAUGUUGGAGAUCCUUUAAAAGAAGGUUGUAGGAAGCAAGGCGAGUGUCCAAAUGGCGAUAUUGAUUGCUUAGCCGACUCUGCUUGUAUUAAUGGCCAGUGUAUAAAUCCAUGUGAAGGAGCAUGCGGUGUCAAUUCUAUAUGUAAAGUUGUUGAUAGAAAAGCAGUGUGCUCAUGUCCAUACGGCUAUGAAUAUGCUCAGAAUGAUAAAUACUGUAAGAAAAAAGUGGUAUCAUGCAUAAACAAUUAUGAUUGUAACGGGGAUGUUUGCCACAACGGCCAAUGUUUUACGCCUUGUAAAAAUAUAAGUCAUUGCGACCCUGGUGAGGUAUGUAUAAAAAAUUACUGCAUGAAUCAAUGCAAGAACCAUGCGGAAUGUAGUAUUGGACAAGCGUGUGUAGAAGGCAAAUGUUUAAUAGGCUGUAGAGCAAACGACGAUUGUCCUAAUGAAGAAUCUUGUACGAAUAAUAAAUGUGUAAACCCAUGCCAGGCCACUAAAGUGUGUGGCCCUAAUGCAAUAUGUUCACGAAUAAAUCAUAGUACAAUGUGCCAUUGUCCUGUAGGAUUUGAAGGCUCCCCAACACCGCAACAAGGGUGUGUUCGUAAACCAGCACCCUGUGUUAAAACCUCGCAAUGUCCUCCAGAUCAUAUGUGCAUCGGCUUUUUCUGUCAAGUACCCUGUCUAAAACAUUCAGAUUGUGCCAUGGGUGAAAUGUGUCAUGAUAAUAAAUGCCAUAAAAUUUGUCAUACCAGUAAUAAUUGCUUACACGGUGAACACUGUAGCGCAGGAGUAUGUAUUUCUGGUUGCAAAAUUAACUCGGACUGCCUCAAUAACCAACUUUGCAUAUCUAGUGAAUGUAAAUGUGAAGAGGGUUUUGAAUUGAUCAACGGCGAAUGUAGUAACGUAAAUGAAUGCCUUAAUAAUCCUUGUCACCCAUCUGCUCAGUGUAUAGAUUUAAUAGGAACAUAUAAAUGUGUCUGUCCAACUGAAGCAAUUGGGGACCCCCACACUACAGGAUGUUUAUUGCCGAAUCAAUGUAGGCAAAGCAAUCAGUGCGAAGAUUCAUUAGCAUGUGUUAGAGGAAAAUGUUCAAAUCCUUGUCAGAGCAAUGUAUGUGGUUUAAAUGCAGUUUGUACAGUUAACAAACACAGAAUGGCAUGUACCUGUGAAAAUGGACAUCUGGGAAAUCCGUUUGACAAGAAAAUUGGAUGCGUUAAAGUUGAAUGUGUUGUUGAUUCUGAUUGCUCUAAUAAUAAAUUCUGUAGUCCAAAGACAAAUAAAUGUUCUGAUAAAUGUGAAAAUGGAGUAUGCGAAGGAGGGAAUUGUAAAAUUAUAAAUCAUAAACCAGUUUGCAUGUGUUCGCCUGGAUUUGAAUUAAUUAAAAGCACUUGCCAAGACAUAGACGAGUGUUUAAAGAACCCAUGUCCUACUAAUGCUGUUUGUGGAAAUAACGAAGGUUCUUUCACUUGUAAUUGUGUUAAUGGAACUGUAUUUGAAACAGAAACUGGAAGUUGUAAAAGUCCUGGUCAGUGUGUAACUGAUGGUGACUGUCCAGAAGAAACAAAAUGUAAUGAUAAUUAUUGCAUUAAUCCUUGCGAUUAUAUUAAAUGUGGCAAAGGUGCUAAAUGUAUAGUAAUAAAACACGAGCCUAUUUGUCAAUGCGAGCCAGACAGCGAGGGCGAUCCUUAUACAAGCUGUACCAAAUUGCAAUGUACGAAAGACUUAGAUUGUCCGGACGAAGAAGCAUGUAGUAAUAACAAAUGCAUAAACUCUUGUAGUUUGCCACGUGCUUGUGGAAAGAAUGCUAAUUGUAUAUCAAGAAGUCAUAUUGGACAAUGUUCUUGUGACCCAGGUUUCACAGGUGAUCCUGUGCUUGGUUGUGCACCUAUUCAGUUUUGUCAAUUUGAUAAUAAUAGAUGUCCCGGAGGCACAAAAUGUGUCGACAACGUAUGCCUAGGAUUAUGCACAUCUUCACGAGAUUGUUUUGAUCAACAACUUUGUAUAGACGGCACUUGUCGACAAACGUGCUAUAAAAAUAAUACAUGUCCAUCAUCCUUUUAUUGCGAUAAAAACAAAAUGUGUACUAAAAGCAUUAAAUGUCUAAAUGAUGAAGAUUGUGAGACCGAUGAAUUAUGUUCUGAAACUAAAAAUGGCAUCUCUGAAUGUAUUAAAUUGUGUCAUAAUCAGCCAUGCGGGAGAAAUGCAUUUUGUGUUGGUUUAGCUCAUAAACCGAUAUGUUCUUGUAAAGAAGGAUUUUUCGGCGACCCGUUGAAAGGGUGUGAUAAAAAAGAAUGUGAUGAAGACAAAGACUGUUCAGAAGAUAAGACAUGUCAUAACAAUAUGUGUAAAAUUGCGUGUCUUUAUAAGAAUGAAUGUGGAGAUAAUACUAUUUGUUCUUCGGAAAAUCAUAAACACGUUUGCUAUUGUCAGCCCGGUUACACUGGAAAUCCAAUAUCGGGAUGCGUUGAAAUUAAUUGGUGCGAAGUAAAACCUUGUGGCAUAGGUGCCGAAUGUAUCAAUACAAAAAGUGAAGCAAAAUGCGCGUGCCCAAGCGGUACUGUUGGCAACCCUUAUAGUGAGGGAUGUCACAUCUCUCCUGAAUGCCGAUUUAACAGAGAUUGCCCGAGCGAAGCGCGUUGUACUAUUAUUGACGGUGUGAGAAAAUGCACAGAUGCUUGUGAAAAUGUAAAAUGUGGACAAAAUGCUGAGUGUGUAGCCACACGACACUCUGGGCAAUGUAAAUGUAAGAUUGGGUACGAAGGAAAUGCGGGUAAUGGAAAAGGAUGUCAUCUUCGUGAAGUACCUUGUAAAAGUAAUAAGGAAUGUUCCGAGGCUCAAUAUUGUCGCAAAAGUAUUUGCCAAGGAUUGUGUGCAAUUGAUGAAGAAUGCGAUUCAAAUGAAAAAUGCUUCAAUGGGCAGUGCGUUAAUCCAUGUGAACUAGAUCAAACAUGUGGGUUAAAUGCAGUAUGUCAUACAGAAAAUCAUGUUGUGCAAUGCAGUUGCCCCUUCGGUUUUACCGGAAACCAAGAUGUAGAAUGUGUCAGAAUGCCGAGAUUGUGUGGAGGUGCUGGAGAAUGUGAAGAUGGCUUUGUCUGUAAAGAGUCGACCUGCUUGCCAAGAUGCAGAAAAGAUGAGGAAUGUACUUUGAAUGAACGAUGUUCAGAAGGAACUUGUUUGCUGACGUGUCGUUUAGAUAACGAUUGUUUUUUGGGACACAUUUGCUUAUCCAAUAGUUGUCGUUAUGGAUGCAGACACGAUGACGAUUGUAGGGAAGAUGAGAUUUGUAGAAACAAUUAUUGCAAAAAUCCCUGUGCCAGUGAUGUAAGCCCUUGUGGUCCAAACGCGGUUUGUUCCGUUGUAAAUCGAAAAGCUAUAUGUUCAUGUUUAGAUGGGCUAAUAGCAAAUCCCACACCCAAUAUUGGUUGCGUGAGAACACCAGCUUUGUCUUGUCGAAUACAAGCUGACUGUGCCACAGGCUGGAGAUGUGAAGAAAAUCGUUGUCGACCGAGUUGUAAUUCAGAGAAUUUUGAAUGCUUAGAAGGCGAACGAUGCAAUGCAGGUUUAUGUCGUUAUGCUUGCACAUCGGACGAAAAUUGUUCCGACGAUGAAGUUUGUGACGGUCGCUUUUGUGUGUUGGGCUGUAGAUCAGAUUCUGACUGCCUAAGUAACUUUGCUUGCCUAUCCGGCCAAUGCACAGACCCAUGUAAUAAACCAGGAACUUGUGGAGCUAACGCACUUUGUAGAGUUGUAGAACAUCGUCCAAUAUGUACUUGUCCACAAAAUUUAGUUGGGGAUCCAAAAUAUGUCUGUAAGAGAAUAGCAACUAAUUGUGAAAGUGAUAGUAACUGUCCUGAUGGAUUUAGUUGUUAUGGUGAUACCUGUUAUCCAUCUUGUCGAGGAGAUGUUGUUUGUUUAUCUAAUGAAAAAUGUAUAAGAGGAAUAUGCAGGCUUGUUUGUAAUAAUGAUGAGGCUUGCAGUGAAGGACAAAUUUGCGAAAACAGAAUUUGUAGGCAAGGGUGUCGAGAUGACAAUGCUUGCCAGAGCAAUGAGGCUUGUAUUAAAGGAAAAUGUAAAGAUCCUUGCAGUGACAAUGCAGUUUGUGGAAUAUGUGCCGAUUGUAAUGUCUUGAACCAUCGAAUUCAAUGUAGUUGUUCUAGUAAUUACACCGGUAAUCCGCUUGUUGAGUGUAAGAAAAAGCCUUUACGUUGUGAUGGUUUUUGCCCCUGUGACGAAAGUGGUUAUUGUAUCAAUCUGUGUGAAAAUAGUUCAAAUUGCUCAUGUGGUGAAAAAUGUGUUAACGGAGGUUGCAGAACUUUAUGUUCCCAGAAAACAAAAUGUCCCGAGAGACAUGUAUGUUCACAGGGUGCUUGUGUACCCGGUUGUAACUAUAAUAAUGAUUGUGGCGAAGAUAUGGUUUGCUCCGCAAAGCAAUGUGUAACAGUUUGUCGAGAUAACUCUUGUGGAAAAAAUGCAUUAUGCUUAGCAAACAAGCACCAUGCUUUUUGCAGCUGCCCCAGUGGUUACUCUGGAGACCCAGAAAAGGAAUGCAAAGCUUAUGAGUGUAUUAAAAAUGAAGAUUGUGGUUUAGACGAAGAGUGUACGUCUGCCAAAACAUGUAGAAAUGUGUGUCUCAAUGCUUGUGGUGCCAAUGCGAUUUGCCGCUCAAUUAAUCGGGCACCACAAUGUUCCUGUCCACCAACUUACCUGGGUAACCCAAAAGUUGAGUGUUCAAAACCAGCAUCAGGCAGUUGCUUAAAAAACCCAUGUGGAGUUAACGCACGAUGUCGAGAUUUGGAGGACGGCAGUUAUGAGUGCACAUGUCCACCAGGUUGUGUCGGAAUUCCACAAAGACAAUGCUUCUGUGGAACUAUGGCCCCUUGUGCGUUUAAAGCUUGUGGUGUCAAUGCACAGUGUCGUAUAGGACAAAGAGGAGAAGCACUAUGUUAUUGUCCUCGUAACUAUCCAAAUGGUGAUCCCAAUAUAGAAUGUGCUCAGGAACGAAGUGUAGUAGAUUGUAGAACUACAGGUUGUGGUAUUAAUGGAGAGUGUUUAAGAGAAGGUGCCGAAUUCGUUUGUCGUUGUAUACCUGGUACAGAGGGACAAGCUGAUAUCGAGUGUCAUACCAGUAUCGAAUGUACGAGUGACAAAGAUUGUUCAGUAGACAAAGCUUGUUUAAGCUUACGUUGUGUGGAUCCCUGCACAAUUCGAGGCGCGUGCGGCGAAGAUGCACUGUGUGUUUCAGUAAUGCACCGAGCUCAAUGCUCUUGUCCACAAUGCUACAUUGGCCAGCCUCGACUGGCCUGUCGCUUGGACUCAACAUGCAAACCUACAGCAGACGCUAAUGUUACCUUUACUUGUUCUGAAACAAAGGAAUGUCCAUCUAAACUAGCUUGUGAUUUAACGACAAAACAAUGUAGAAAUCCAUGUUUAAAUUAUCAAAACUGUCGAAGAAAUCAAAAAUGUGAAGUACGAAAUCAUAGGCCUGUUUGUGUUUGUCGUAAUGGGUUCGCUCUUAAUGACAAAGGGGAAUUGACAUGCGCUCCAGAAUAUGCUGAAUGUACGAGAGAUGAACAAUGUCCUUCCAAUGCAGUUUGUCGUGAUACGAAAUGUGUGAAUCCUUGUCUAGCAACCAAACAACCUAUUUGUCCCAAAGGAAAACAGUGUGAUGUAGUAGAACACAAAGCUGUAUGUAUUUGUGUUGAAGACUGUAAUCCGACAGCUUCUAUAUGUUUGAGAGAUAAUGGAUGUCCCCAAAACCUGGCAUGCAUUAAUUUCCAAUGCAAAGACCCGUGCAAAGAAGCUUGUGGUGAUGGCCCUUGUUCUGUUGAAGAUCAUCACCCAGUAUGCAAGUUUUGUCCAAGUGGUUUUACUCAUGAUGAAAAACAUGGAUGUAUUAAAGCAUUGUCAUGCGGCGUUCACGAAGAGUGCGCAGCGUCGCUAGCAUGCGUGAAUGGGCGCUGCAGCGAUCCAUGCUCUGGCGGAGGACCCUGCGCUCCUGGCCAUCAUUGCUCAGUUCUUGACCACCAACCUGUCUGCUCCAAGGUUUGUCAAUGUCAGACAUCUGCUGACUGCGCCCGAUAUCCUAACACAAAUUGCGAUGGCUGCGUCUGCGUGCACGGAGAUAAACCUUCUACUAAUUGUGCGCAUUGCCGACCCGGGGUAUCCUGUGAUCCAUUUACUGGAGCAUGUCUGGAAAAAUCACCUGGAACACCAAAGGCACCAGAACCCUGUCAUUCUGAUCGGGAUUGUAUAGACACCGAAGCCUGUUUUAUGGGAAUGUGUCAGAACCCUUGUGAAUUCGACAAUGUGUGUGGCAUUGCAGCCAAUUGUCAUCCGGUCAAACAAAGACCAAUGUGUUCAUGUCCAGCUGGAUACGUCGGGGACCCAGCAAUUAAAUGUGCACCUCAGCAGUCUGGUUGUACUCGCAAUGAAGAUUGUCAAUUGACCGAAGCUUGUAUAAAUAAUGCAUGUCAACAUCCGUGUGCAAUACACAACCCAUGUGCACAAAACGCCGUAUGUAUAAACACGAAGCACGGAUCAGAUUGCAGUUGUGCUGAAGGAUAUCAAGGGAACGGAUAUGUAGGCUGCGUGCCAGUCAUCGACUCUCGUUCGGUAUGUCAGUAUAAUGAAGACUGCCCUCCAGAACUCUUAUGUGACAGGUUGAACAGAAUUUGUAUUAAUCCUUGUUCUAUAAAUAAAUGUGGAGAUAAUGCAGAAUGCUUUCCAUCAAAUCAUGGAAUACAAUGCAAGUGCUUUGCCGGAUAUACUGGAAAUCCGUUCUUAGAAUGUUUCCAAGUUCAAGGAUGCCGCUCAGAUAACGAAUGUCAUAACUCUGAAGCUUGUAUUAAUGGAAAAUGUGAAUCACCUUGCAAAUGUGGCAUCAAUGCCGUAUGUGAUGUAAUGAAUCACGAGGCUUCAUGUAAAUGUUUGUCAGGUUAUAAUGGGAAUCCUUUAACAAGCUGUGAACCCCCUUCAAAUCCAUGCAUGCCAAACCCGUGUGGCCAGAAUGCUCUAUGUGAAAUUGAUAAUAACAACCCUAUUUGCUUCUGCCCAAAAGGGUUAACUGGCAAUCCAUUCAAAAUUUGCAUUCCUGAGGGCAACGAAUGCAGUCCAAAUCCUUGUGGCCCUUUUACCGGAUGUCGAAUUAUUAAUAAUAAACCGGCUUGUUUCUGUUUACCUAAUUAUGAAGGAAAUCCUCCACAACAGCCUUGCAAACUACCUAAUAAUCCAUGUCAACCAUCUCCUUGUGGACCCAAUACACAGUGUACAAUAUUAUCCAAUGGCUUCGCAAAAUGUACCUGUUUACAAGGAUUUGUUGAAAGUCCAAAUACAGUACGUGGUUGCGUAGAAGUGCGUAAUCCGUGUGAACCUAACCCAUGUGGUAUAGGAGCUCGAUGUGAUCCUAAUAGAACACCAUCUUGUUAUUGUCCAGAGAACAUGAAAGGUAAUCCUUUCAGACUAUGCGAACAUCACACAUAUUUACCUCCGCCCGUGUUAUGUCAACCAGGUAACUGUGGGGAAAAUGCAGAUUGUUAUGUGAGUAGCAACAGAGAGAUGUGCUUCUGUAAAGUCGGUUUUGGAGGUGACCCUUACGUUGGAUGUCAACCCCAGCGAAGUCCAUGUGAACCAAGCCCAUGCGGCCCACAGGCAGUAUGCCAGAUAAAUUACGAUCGUCAAGCUUUAUGCACUUGUCAAGAGGGGAGUACCGGUGAUCCUUAUAGCCUUGAGGGUUGUCAUUCCCGAGAAUGUGAGAUAGAUGAUGAAUGCCCUAUAGACAAAGCUUGCAUAGGGUACAUUUGUCGCAACCCUUGUCCUGGUGUUUGUGGGUUAAAUGCGAAAUGUCAUAUUGAAGCACAUCAUCCUGUUUGUGUUUGUGAAGAUGGGUUUGUGGGAAAUCCUUUACUUUGUUGUUUACCACCAGAAGAGCUAAAAAGCAAUAGACCAUGUAAUAAAGUACAAUGUGGUGUAAAUGCAAUUUGUCAAGAUGUUGGCGAACAGGCCAUCUGCACUUGCCCUCCUGAUUUUAAUGGAGAUCCUACUAUCGAAUGUAAACCAGAAUGUCUUAUGAACUCUGAAUGUGCACCAAAUGAGGCUUGCAUUAAUCGAAAAUGUUUAGAUCCUUGUCUACAAAAUAACGUGUGCGGAAUAAAUGCUGUUUGUUUGUGUUCGGAUCAUACUGUCUCCUGUAUAUGCCCCGAUGGUUACAUGGGUGAUCCGCAAAUUCAAUGUAUUUACAGACCUAUAAUUAUCGACUCGGACAAUUCAACUCUGCAACCAUGUUCACCAAGCCCUUGUGAUCCAAAUUCACUAUGUGAAGCUUAUGGAGACAGAUUUGCUAUUUGUAAUAUUUGUAGUGCUCCUAAUGCCAUCAAUAACCCUGCAUGUCGACCUGAAUGUGUUUUAAAUUCAGACUGCUCUUUUGACAAAUUCUGCUUGAAAAAUAAAUGCGUUGAUCCUUGCUCUGGAUCUUGUGGAUUAAAUACAGACUGUUUUGUCUAUCAUCACGACCCAAUUUGUCAAUGCAAAAAUGGUUUCGAAGGCAAUCCUUAUGAACAAUGUAAACUUGCUGCGCAACCAAUACCUUCAGAGACCUGUGACAAUAUCAAAUGUGGAUCUAAUGCAGUGUGUCGACAAUCAAACAGUGUUUUUACAUGUCAAUGUGUACCUGGUUUUUCUGGAAAUCCCUAUUUAUCGUGUAAACCAGAAUGUGUAUUAAACAGUGACUGUGCCUCUAAACUAGCCUGCAUAAAUAACAAAUGCGAAAAUCCUUGCAAGGACGUUUGUGGCUUAGGUGCAUUAUGCGAUACGAUAAACCACCAUGCUGUUUGUUACUGUGCUCCUGGUCAAACAGGCGAUCCGUACAUAAGAUGUCAAAACAAUCCUCAAAAUCCACCUACGUUAUCUUUAUGCGAUCCAUCCCCUUGUGGACCUUUUAGUCGGUGCCUCUUGUCAGAAUCGGGACAAGCCUUAUGCUCUUGUUUACCAGGUUUUAAAGGUGUUCCACCAAUGUGUCAACCAAAAUGUGUCAGUAAUGCAGACUGUCCGCAAAGUGAAACAUGUGUCAAUCAAAUUUGUGUUAAUCCUUGUCUUGGCAGUUGUGGGGUCGGUGCCAAUUGCAUCGUCGUUAACCACAACCCCAUCUGUAGUUGUAAAUCAGGAGAAACUGGAGAUCCCUUCGUGGUAUGUACAGCUUUUGUAGAUCACCCUCUGGAUGAAAACAAUCCGUGUAUCCCAUCACCCUGUGGACCAAAUUCCGUGUGUGAAAUUAAAUCUAAUCAUCCAGUCUGCUCAUGUCAACCGAAUUAUUCCGGCACACCGCCUUAUUGUAGACCAGAAUGCAUUAUAAGUCAAGAGUGUCCAACAAAUAAAGCUUGUAUUAAUGAUAAAUGUUUGGACCCAUGCAUAGGUGCUUGUGGAAAUAAUGCCAUUUGUAAUGUUGUAAACCAUACACCCCUGUGUAGUUGUGAGGAGGGAUACAAAGGUGAUGCAUUUAUAGGAUGUAUGGCAAUACCGAAAAAUGAAUCUAGAAAUAUAUGCAACCCAUCCCCAUGUGGAGAAAACACCAUUUGCACAGUUAUCAACAAUGCAGCACGAUGUUCCUGCAUUCCUCCAAACAUAGGAAAUCCUUAUGCUGGUGGUUGUAGGCCUGAGUGUGUAGUAAAUUCAGACUGUCCUAAUCACUUAUCUUGUUUAUCUAACCAUUGCCGAGAUCCUUGCAAAGAUUUGUGUGGUGUUAACGCUGAAUGUGUUGUGACAAACCAUGUUCCAGUUUGUAAGUGCUUUAGUGGAUAUGAAGGCGAUCCUUUCUCGUCUUGCCGACUUAAACAAACUCCACCAUCACGCAAAGAUCCUUGUGAUCCAACGCCAUGUGGUCCUAAUAGCAAUUGUCUCGUUGUAAGCGAUCGCGCUACCUGUUCUUGUCGAGAAGGUUAUCGCGGUGCUCCACCAGCUUGUCGUCCGGAAUGCUCAGUUAAUUCUGAUUGUUCACCCAAUAAAGCCUGCAUCAAUCAGAAAUGUAAAGACCCGUGCACCCAUAGUUGCGGUCUGGAUGCCCUUUGCCACGUAGUUGGUCAUAACCCCAUUUGCAUUUGCCCAGACAAUUAUCCUGAAGGAGAUCCUUUCAUAAGAUGCUACAAAAAAAGUAUUACACUUCCAGCACCCAAUCCCUGUUUGCCUUCUCCGUGCGGGCCUCAUUCAACUUGUAAAAACGAAGUUGGACGGGCUGUAUGCGCGUGCGAGCCAGGCACAUUAGGUGCUCCUCCAACCUGUCGCCCACAGUGCCUAAUAAAUCAGGACUGUCCUCUAGCUCUAGCCUGCUUAAGCGGAACUUGCGUAAAUCCUUGCGUGGGAUCUUGUGGCUUUAAUGCUCGAUGUGUUGUUCAAAAUCAUCAACCUAUUUGUUCUUGUGACGAGGGUUACACUGGCGAUCCUUUUUCGGGCUGUAAUCCACAUGAAAUUUCUAGAGAUGAUUCCCAACAACCUUGCAAUCCAUCUCCUUGCGGAGCUAAUGCCGUCUGUAAAGACAGAAACGGUUUUAUUUCUUGUACUUGUAUAAAAAAUUUCCAUGGAGAUCCUUAUCAAGGAUGUAGACCCGAAUGUGUUAUGAAUACAGAUUGUUCUAGUGAUAAAACCUGUUUCAAUAACAAAUGUAUAGAUCCAUGUUUGGGUACUUGCGGAAUAAAUACAGAGUGUAGAGUUACGAAUCAUGCACCGUCAUGUUUUUGCUUACAAGCAUAUACUGGAAACCCUCUUCAUGCAUGUUCACCUAUAAUAACUUCUUCGGAACCAAUCAACCCCUGCCACCCUUCACCAUGUGGCCCUUACAGUAAAUGUCGUACGUUUAAUAAUCACGCGGUCUGUACAUGUCUCGAUAUAUGUGUCGGUUCUCCGCCAAAUUGUCGACCUGAGUGUAUUGUUAGUACCGAGUGUCGAUCUAACAAAGCAUGCAUAAACAAUAAGUGUCAAGACCCUUGUCCUGGUACAUGCGGAAUUAACGCCCAAUGUCAGGUUAUAAAUCACAACCCUAUUUGCAGUUGUGCUAGUGAUUAUACAGGAGACCCUUUUGUUAGGUGUAUUUUGGAAGACAUACCAACCCCAAUAAAUAACUGUCUACCCAACCCUUGCGGACCUCAUUCACAAUGCAAGGAUAAAAAUGGAGUUCCAGUUUGUUCUUGUCUUAAUAAUUAUGUUGGCCGUCCUCCCAACUGCAGACCGGAAUGUAGCAUGAACUUUGAAUGUCCAGGAAAUUUAGCUUGUAUUGCUGAAAAAUGUAUUGACCCAUGUCCCGGUUCCUGCGGUUUUCAUACGUUAUGUACCGUAGUAAAACAUAUUCCAAUAUGUACUUGUGAAAGUGGAUACACUGGCGAUCCUUUCUCAGGGUGUUCAUUGAUCCUUAACAUUGAGCCACAAGUAGAAAAUCCGUGUUCUCGAUCACCUUGUGGGAUAAACGCUGUAUGCAAAGAAAGACAUGGUAUUGGUUCAUGCUUAUGUCUCCCAGACUAUUAUGGCGAUCCAAAUGUCGAAUGUAGGCCAGAAUGUGUGCUAAAUUCAGAUUGUCCUAAAGAAAAAGCUUGUGUAAACAAUAAGUGUAAAGAUCCAUGUCCGGGAGUCUGUGGCAUGAACGCUGAAUGUCGCGUGCAUAAUCAUGCUCCAUCUUGUGCUUGCGCACAAGGAUACGAAGGAAAUCCAUUUACCGCUUGCCACAAAAGUGUAGUUGAAACAAAAACAGAUCCAUGUCUACCCACACCUUGUGGACCCUAUAGCCUUUGUCGCUCUAGUAAUGGUCAUGCUAUUUGUUCAUGCCAAGAAAAUUAUUUUGGCUCACCUCCCCAUUGCCGUCCUGAGUGUAUGGUUAGCAGCGAUUGUAUGCCAAGUAUGGCAUGCAUUAAUUCUAAAUGUGUAGAUCCAUGCAUUGGUGUUUGUGGGAAUAAAGCUCAAUGUACUGUUGUAAACCAUAAUGCCUUAUGUAGCUGUCCUACAAAUUAUGUUGGUGAUCCAUUUGUUAAUUGCGUUUAUAAUAAAAGGCCAGAAACGAGACCAUCAGUUAACUCAUGUAUACCAAAUCCUUGUGGACCUAAUUCACAAUGCCGCAUUGUGGGCGAGACUCCAGCUUGUUCAUGCAAAGCUGGUUAUAUUGGCCGUGCACCAAAUUGUCGUCCAGAAUGUAUUUACGAUGAAGAUUGUUCUAGUAAUUUGGCUUGUAUUCGAGAAAAGUGUAUGAGCCCUUGUGAUGGCUCCUGUGGUUCAAAUGCUAAUUGUGUAGUAAUUUCGCACAAAGCAGUUUGUCACUGUCGUGAAAGUUAUACUGGGGAUCCGUUUAGCGGUUGCUACUUUAUUGUGACAGUGCCGAGUGAGGAAGAAAUAAAUCCAUGCACAAAAUCGCCUUGUGGUCCUAAUGCGAAAUGCACAGAACGAAAUAAUGCUGCAGCGUGUACUUGCUUGCAAGGAUAUUUUGGCGAUCCAUACCUAGGCUGCCGCCCUGAAUGCGUAACAAAUAAUGAUUGUGACAUAGAUAAAUCUUGUUCAAAUAAUAAAUGCGUUGAUCCUUGCCAAGGAGCAUGUGGAAUUAAUGCGUUAUGCAGUGUGUCACAUCACACUCCAAUUUGUCACUGCAUUGAAGGAUAUGAAGGAAAUCCUAUGGUAUCAUGUCAUCCUCAAAGAAAACCCAUACAACAUGAUUUUAAUCCAUGUGUGCCAUCACCAUGUGGACCUUUUAGCCAAUGUAAAGAAGUAGAAGGACAUGGCGUAUGCUCUUGCGAGGAGGGAUAUGUUGGCAGUCCACCAACAUGUAGGCCAGAAUGUAUUAUAAGUUCGGAUUGUCCUCAACAUGAAGCAUGUAUAAAACAAAAAUGCAAAAAUCCAUGUCCCGGUACAUGUGGUCUCAACGCACGUUGCCAAGUUAUAAACCAUAAUCCAAUUUGUACCUGCAAAGCAGGUUUUACUGGUGAUCCAUUCAUUGCGUGCCAAUUAGAACAAAAACCUAUCUUUACUGGACCUAAAGGGAAUCCAUGCAUACCUUCACCAUGUGGUCCACAUUCUCAGUGUAAAGUAGUUGGAGAAGCGCCUGCAUGUUCAUGCUUGCCAAAUUAUAUCGGUAUCGCUCCUAAUUGUCGACCCGAAUGUUCUAUCAAUGCGGAAUGUCCGGGUAAUCUUGCAUGUCAGCAUGAAAAAUGUAUAGAUCCUUGCCCAGGCUCUUGUGGUUUUAACGCUGAGUGUUCUGUAGCACAUCAUGUAGCGUUGUGCAACUGUUUACCAGGUCAUACUGGCGAUCCGUUUAGUGGAUGUUCGUUUAUUGAGCAUGUUUCAGAACCACCACCGAACCCAUGUCAUCCUUCACCCUGUGGAGCAAACGCUCAGUGUAAAGAACGUAAUGGAGUGGGUUCCUGUUCCUGCUUACCAGAAUAUUUCGGAGAUCCAUACACUGGAUGUCGUCCUGAAUGUGUAUCAAACUCAGAUUGCGACCGCAAUAAAGCAUGUUCAAACAACAGAUGUAAGGACCCCUGUCCAGGAACCUGUGGCAUAAAUGCAGAAUGUCGGACUGUUAACCACUCCCCAACAUGUACCUGUCUUUCUGAAUAUACUGGAAAUCCACUUAUAAAAUGUGAAUUAGAAACUAUUCAACCAGGAAAAGAUUUCCAACUAGACCCUUGUCAACCGUCUCCAUGCGGCCCGAACAGUUUAUGCCGAGCAGUUAAUGGUCACAGUGUAUGUACAUGUCAAGUUGGAUAUAUAGGAACGCCACCAACGUGUAAACCAGAGUGCAUUGUUAGUUCUGAAUGCGCGCAAGAUAAAGCUUGUGUUAAUAAAAAAUGCGUUGAUCCGUGUCCAAACACAUGUGGCCUUAAUGCUAGAUGUCAAGUAGUGACUCACAAUCCGAUUUGUAGCUGUACAUCUGGUUUUACUGGUGAUCCCUUUACAAAAUGUGUUCCAGAAGAGAGGACUGCACCAGCUAAUCCAUGUGUCCCGUCUCCUUGUGGGCCAAAUUCAGAAUGCCGUGUAAUUGGAGAUCAAGCUGCUUGCUCUUGCUUACCAAACUAUAUUGGUAGAGUACCAAAUUGCAGACCUGAGUGCACUCUUGAUGCAGAAUGUCCGAGUAAUACUGCUUGCAUCAAUGAGCGUUGCAAAAAUCCAUGCCUAGGAGCAUGCGGCUUAAACGCAAUUUGUUUAACAAUCAAUCAUAAUCCAAUGUGUACGUGUCAACAAGGUUUUACUGGAGACGCUUCUAAGAGCUGCUCUCAAAUUGUAAUAUCCUCAACUGAAAUGACUCCAACGUCGAGUCCGUGUACUCCAUCACCAUGUGGCCCGAAUGCUGAAUGCAGAGAAUACAAUGGUGCAGGGGCUUGUUUCUGCUCCGAAGGCUACGAAGGUGAUCCAUACAAUAAUCAAGGUUGCCGAAGGGAAUGUGAAAAUAAUGAUGACUGUGCAUAUAACUUGGCUUGCACAAGAUUUAAAUGUAUCGACCCUUGUCCCAAAACAUGUGGACAAUUAGCUCAAUGCGUAGUAGAAAAACAUGUGCCUGUUUGUUCAUGUCCUAUUGGAUAUACAGGGGAUCCGUUCUUCCAGUGCAGGGAAAUACUUUUAGAACCUAUUCCAGUAGGAAAUCCAUGCGAACCUACUCCUUGUGGACCUAAUAGUCAAUGUAGACAAGUUAACAUGCAGGCAGUAUGUUCAUGUCUUCCAAAUUACGUAGGAUCUCCGCCAUCUUGUAGGCCUGAAUGCAUUGUCAAUAGUGAAUGUGAUACCUCUAAAGCAUGUAUCAAUCAAAAGUGCGAUGAUCCUUGUCCAAACACUUGCGGCCUGAGAGCUCAUUGUCUAGUGAAAAGUCAUAAUCCAAUUUGUACCUGUCCAAUUGGAAUGACAGGAGAUCCUUUUACACAAUGUUAUACAAUUCCACCUACAACUGAGCGCCCACCUUCUUGUAGUCCAUCACCCUGUGGACCGCAUUCUCGUUGCCAACUUUUAGCAAGUGGACCGGCAUGCUCAUGUUUGCCAGGUUAUGUAGGUUCUCCACCAAGCUGCCGUCCUGAAUGUACUAUUAAUUCUGAAUGUCCUGCUUCACUUGCUUGUGUCCGACAAAAAUGUGAAGAUCCCUGUCCUGGUUCAUGCGGCAUUGAGGCCAAUUGCCACGUAUUGAAUCAUGUUGCUGUUUGUGUCUGCAAUGAAGGUUUUACUGGAGAUCCUUUCUUAAGAUGUUUACCAAGCAGUGAAGCGCCUACCACACCUACACCAACAGACCCUUGUACACCGUCUCCAUGUGGACCAAAUGCUCAAUGUAAUAACGGCUUUUGUACUUGUUUACCUGACUACAGAGGUAAUCCUUACGAAUCUUGUAGACCUGAAUGUACUGGAAGUCAGGAAUGUCCCAGAGAUAAAGCUUGUUUUAGAAAUAAAUGUCAAGAUCCCUGUCCAGGUGUAUGUGGCCAAAACGCGAAGUGUGAUGUCAUAAACCAUAUACCUAGCUGUUCAUGUAUAUCAGAUUAUACUGGCAAUCCAUUUACACAUUGCCAACCAAUAGAAAAGGUUGCAACUCCUUUAGAACCUUGCCACCCAUCACCUUGUGGACCAAAUAGUAUUUGUAAAACGACCGACAACACUGCUGUUUGUGCGUGUCUUGAAGGUUUUCAAGGUGCUCCGCCAGCAUGUAGACCAGAAUGUAUCGUUAGUUCUGAAUGCCCUUCCACAAAAGCUUGCGUAAAUCGUAAAUGUAUCAACCCUUGUAUAAAUUCCUGUGGUAUAUCAGCGCGAUGUGAGGUCAUAAAUCAUAGCCCAAUCUGCAGUUGUAGUCCACUUCAAACAGGAGAUCCUUUUAAGAGCUGUCACGAUGUUGUGUCUCGAGUACCGGAAUCUACGGAUGCUUGUAAUCCUUCCCCUUGCGGCCCAAACGCUCAGUGUAUGGAAAGAAAUGGAAAAGCUAAUUGUAGAUGUGAAGAAGACUAUGUUGGGCAACCACCAAACUGUAGACCAGAAUGCAUCAUAAACCCAGAUUGCCCAUCUAACCAAGCUUGUGUCAGAAAUAAAUGUAUAGAUCCAUGUCCAGGAUCUUGUGGCAUUAAUGCUGACUGUAUUAUCGUCAGUCAUACAGUAUCGUGUAUUUGCAAAGAAAAAUAUACUGGAAAUCCUUUCGUACAAUGUAUUUUACUAGAAGAAAAUGUUAUGAAACCUUGUGAUCCAUCACCUUGUGGAGCUAAUGCAGUUUGCAGUCAAAGGGACGGCGCUGGUGCAUGCUCAUGUUUAGAGGGAUAUCAAGGAAAUCCUUAUGAAAGCUGUCGUCCUGAAUGUAUUCUAAGCUCCGAUUGUUCAGCCGAUAAAGCUUGUAUAAGAAAUAAAUGUGCAGAUCCUUGUCCAGGAAUUUGUGGAACUUUUGCCGAAUGUACAGUUGUAAACCAUGUCCCAACAUGUGCUUGUGUAAAAAGCUAUUCAGGAAAUCCAUUUGUGCAAUGUACAAAAGAUGAACCAGUCCAAAAUAUAAGACCGUGCCAACCAUCCCCUUGCGGACCCAAUAGUAUAUGCAGAGAAAAUGGCGAACUAGCAUCUUGUGAAUGUCUUCCAGAUUAUAGAGGGGCCCCACCUGAUUGUCGCCCUGAAUGUACCGUUAGUAGUGAAUGUCCAUCUGAUCGUGCUUGCCAUAAAUUAAAAUGUGCUGAUCCUUGCAGAGGCACUUGCGGCUUAGGAGCUCACUGUCAAGUUAUAAAUCAUAGUCCAUUGUGUAGUUGUCCGGCUGGCACAACUGGAGAUCCAUUUAGUUCCUGUCGAGAAAUACAAUUUGCAGUAAUAGAAAAACCUUUAGAACCAUGUCAACCGAAUCCAUGUGGACCAUAUGGUGAAUGUCGAGCUGUUAAUGGCAAUCCAUCUUGUAGCUGUAUGACGGGUUACGUAGGUGCUCCUCCGAACUGUAGACCAGAAUGUCUUGUGAAUACAGAUUGUCCCUCGCAGCAAGCAUGUAUCGCAGAAAAAUGUCGAAAUCCUUGUGAAGGGUCCUGUGGUUUUAAAGCAGAGUGUAGAGUUCAAAACCAUAUUCCUAUAUGUAGCUGCCCUACAAGUUUUUCUGGAGACCCAUUUAUACAGUGCACAAAAGUAAUAGAAACACCAAAGGUUGAAUCUGAUCCAUGCAACCCAUCACCAUGUGGUAGUAACGCUUUAUGUGAUGGAGGAUCUUGUUCAUGCGCUCCCGGGUACUUUGGAGAUCCUUACUCAGGCUGUCGAUUAGAAUGUAGUACAAAUGGAGAAUGCGCACCUACUCGUGCUUGUCAAGGAGGAAAGUGUGUUGACCCAUGUCCCGGAGCCUGUGGUACAGGAGCAGUAUGCUCUGUUAAUAAUCAUGUACCGUCGUGCACUUGUCCUCCUCAUACUUCAGGAGAUCCGUUCGCAUUCUGUUCAGAAAUAAUUAGGCAAGAACCUGUAUCACCAUGUAGUCCUUCGCCGUGUGGUCCUCAUAGCGAGUGUGCUGUGAGCACCAAUGGUGCAGCAGCUUGUUCUUGUCGUGCAGGACACAUUGGGUCUCCUCCAUCAUGUCGACCUGAAUGUCUUGUAAGCUCCGAGUGUAAACUACAACUCGCAUGUAUCGACAGAAAAUGUCGAGAUCCGUGUGAAGGCGCGUGCGGUCGCGGAGCUCAAUGCCAAGUUAUAGCCCAUUCUCCUAUUUGCACGUGUAAUGAUGAUUUUACUGGAGAUCCAUUUACCUAUUGCUAUCCAGCUCCGGCUCAACCAGAUGUUGUGGUAGAUCUUUGUCAACCAUCUCCGUGUGGACCUAAUUCAAUUUGUGUAAAAACUGGAGAUACACCUGCUUGUUCUUGUCAACCUGGUUUCAUUGGAGCUCCACCAAAUUGUCGGCCUGAAUGUACGAUCAGUGCGGAGUGCCCGGCAACGCUUGCUUGUUUAUCUCAAACUUGCAAGAACCCAUGCAUUCAAGCUUGCGGACCAGGAGCAAUAUGUUCAGUUAUAGACCACCGAGCUACUUGUGCUUGUGAGCCUGGCAUGGAGGGUGAUCCCUUCCAAGGUUGUUCACGAUCGAAAGCUCCCCCAAAACCUGAAUACCUUAAUCCAUGUGAACCAUCACCUUGCGGUGUUAAUGCGGAAUGUAAUGUACAAGGAAACGCUGGAUCAUGUACUUGCCUACCUGACUAUUUUGGUGAUCCAUAUCAAGGCUGUAGACCGGAAUGUCUAGUUGAUGCUGAUUGCCCAUUAACUUUAGCUUGUAAUAGAAAAAAAUGUGCCGAUCCUUGUCCUGGAAUAUGUGGGCAAAAUGCUGCAUGUUACGUUGCAAAUCAUAAACCAUCUUGUACAUGCGAGAACGGCUACACAGGAAAUCCACUUUCUAUGUGUUCUAAAACCCGUAAUGAUUUAGUUUCAACAACAAAUGUCUGUAAUCCAUCACCAUGUGGAGCUAAUGCGAUUUGUAAAGAAAUUAACAGUCAACCAGUUUGUUCUUGUUUAACUAACUAUAUUGGCACUCCACCGAACUGCAAACCGGAAUGUGUUGUUAAUUCGGAAUGUAAACCAGCAAAAGCUUGUGUUAACAAUAGAUGUAUUAAUCCUUGUCCCAAACCUUGUGGCAAAGACGCUGAUUGUAAAGUUAUAAACCACAGCUCAGUUUGUUCUUGCCGCCACGGUUAUUCAGGAAAUCCUUUCACAAUGUGUACACAAAUAUUACAUACGACUUCAACUUCAAUAACAUCUUCAAACCCAUGUGUUCCUUCACCCUGUGGCCUUUAUGCUGAAUGCCGCAAAGGAUGUUUAGCAUCGUGUUCUUGUCUUCCCUCAUAUACAGGAUCACCUCCAUUUUGCAAAUCUGAGUGUACUAUCCAUUCUGACUGCCCUAGUAACCAAGCAUGUAUAGCGGAAAAGUGUAGGAAUCCUUGUGAUGGUGCUUGUGGAGUGUAUGCAAACUGUUUUGUACACAAUCACAUACCGGUUUGUUUGUGUGCGGAGGACUUCACUGGUGAUCCAUUUAGAGAAUGUAGACCAAAACCUCUACAAGACACUACAACCAUUGCUUCCAUUUCGGAUCCUUGUCUCAAAAACCAUUGUGGACCAAAUACUAAUUGUGACAAUGGAGUUUGUUCUUGUUUAUUGGGCUAUCAUGGAGAUCCGUACCUGGGUUGUCGACCAGAAUGUGUAUAUAGCUCAGACUGUCCCCAAAACAAAGGAUGUCGACUCAACAAGUGUGUAGAUCCUUGUGAAAAUACUUGUGGUAUAAAUGCUAAAUGCAACGUCAUCAACCAUAUUCCUAUGUGCACCUGUCCAGAAGGAAUGAGUGGCAGUGCAUUUAUUGAAUGUCGACCAGUCGCAGUUUUGAAUAUAAAUCCAUGCAAUCCAUCACCCUGUGGGCCAAACAGUCAAUGCCAACAUUCUAACGGGCAAGCGGUCUGUUCUUGUCUACCGGGCUAUCGCAGUAGUCCGCCAACCUGCAGACCUGAAUGUGUAAUAAGCUCUGAAUGCCCAUUAAACGAAGCAUGUCAAAAUCAAAAAUGUGUUAACCCUUGUGUUGGAGCGUGUGGAAUCGCCGCUUUGUGUGAAGCUAUAAAUCACAAUCCAAUCUGUACAUGUCCACCAACAUUUACGGGGGACCCAUUUAUAAGAUGUUAUAUAAGAGUCGAACCACAAAUUCAAAGUGACCCAUGUGAACCUUCUCCGUGUGGGCCUCAUUCUACCUGUAGAUUAAGUGGAGAUAGUCCAGUAUGUGCUUGUUUAAUUGGCUAUAAAGGAACCCCUCCAAAUUGUAGACCAGAAUGUGUUAGCAACAACGAAUGUGAUUAUAGUUUAGCCUGCGUUAAUAAUAAAUGUAGUGAUCCGUGUAGAGGUACUUGUGGUAUCAAUGCUGAGUGUAGAGUAGUUAAUCAUUCACCAAUGUGCAUAUGUCAGGUGGGAUUCAUUGGAGAUGCUUAUUCACAAUGUAAUCCUGUUAUAGUACAAAACGAAAUUUUAAGACCAUGCGAGCCGAGCCCCUGUGGUUCUAAUGCUUUUUGUAGAGAACGAGGAGGGGUAGGGGCCUGCCAAUGUUUAAGUGGAUACUUUGGAAAUCCAUAUGAAGGCUGUCGACCUGAAUGUUUGGUUAAUACUGACUGUCCAUUAAAUAAGGCUUGUUCACAAAUGAAAUGCAUAGAUCCUUGUCCAGGUACAUGUGGGGUUAAUGCAUUUUGUCAAACUAAUAACCACAUGCCAAAUUGUAUAUGUCAAGCAGGUUAUAGUGGAAAUCCCUUCAGUCAUUGCAGGAUAUUACAAGAACCUCAAGCAGUAGUUGAUGAAAAUCCUUGUAAUCCUUCACCUUGUGGUGCAAAUAGUCAAUGCAAGGAAAUAAAUAAGCAAGCAGUUUGUUCCUGUUUACCUAAUUUUAAUGGCUCUCCACCUAAUUGCCGCCCCGAAUGUAUAGUAAGUUCCGAAUGUCCUCCGAACUUAGCGUGUUCAAAACAAAAGUGCACAGAUCCUUGUUUAGGCACGUGUGGAGAAAAUGCAAAUUGUAAUGUAAUUAAUCAUAGUCCAAUUUGUGCUUGUAAAACUGGAUUGACAGGAAAUCCGUUCACGAGGUGUUUCCCCAUCAAAGUUUCAGAAACUUACGAUAUUGUUCAAUCUCGUGAUCCUUGUUUAUCUUCCCCUUGCGGACUUUAUGCAGAAUGUCGUGAGGUAAAAGGUUCGGUUUCAUGCACAUGUCAAGAUGGUUUUAUUGGUAGUCCACCCAAUUGCCGACCAGAAUGUACAAUAAACUCAGAAUGUCCGAGUGACAAGGCAUGCAUUAAUGAAAAAUGUCGAGAUCCUUGUAUUGGCGCCUGUGGGCUUAAUGCUAAAUGCAGUGUAUUUAAUCACAUCGCCGAAUGUGGCUGUCCCGAUCAAUACAGAGGAGACCCAUUUACGAAAUGUGAAUUGAUUGUUUUUGAAGAAGAUGUAACGGAGUCCGAUCCUUGUAACCCGUCCCCAUGUGGUUCAAAUGCAGAAUGUCAUAAUGGCGAAUGUACGUGUUUGCCUGAAUACUCAGGUGAUCCCUAUUUCGGUUGUCGACCAGAAUGCCUUGUGAACAGUGACUGCCCAAUAAAUAAAGCGUGCAUCAAAAGUAAAUGUGUCGACCCAUGUGUUAAUACUUGCGGAAAACAAGCAAACUGUAAUGUUUACAACCACAUACCAAUGUGCACUUGCCUACCAGGUUAUUCAGGAAACGCUUUCAUUGAAUGUAGGAAGAUAAUCAUCACAGAAGAACUUAAGCCAUGCAUUCCUUCUCCUUGUGGUCCAAACAGUCAGUGUAGAGAGAUUAAUGGUCAAGCUGUGUGCACUUGUUUAAUCGGUUACCACGGAGCUCCACCUACUUGCAGGCCCGAAUGUGUAACUAGUUCCGAGUGUGCUCUUAAUAAAGCUUGUUCAGGACAGAGAUGUAUAGAUCCAUGUAGUGGCAAUUGCGGAAUCGGUGCCAGUUGUGAAGUUAUACACCACAACCCUAUUUGCUCUUGUCCCACUGAUACAACUGGAGAUCCAUUCAAUAGAUGUAUACAAAAAGAUGUAACAGAAGAAAUCCGAGUAAACCCUUGUGAACCAUCGCCCUGUGGUCCGUAUUCUAUUUGCAAAGAAAUCGGAGGAUUCCCAUCAUGUGCUUGUCUUGAUCAAUUUAUAGGAGAACCACCAAAUUGUCGACCUGAGUGUAUCGCAAAUAGUGAAUGUCCCAAUGAAUUAGCCUGUAUUAACCAAAAGUGCAAAGAUCCUUGCCUCGGUUCUUGUGGUACUGCAGCAGAAUGUCGAGUGAUAAGUCAUUCUCCUCAGUGUUAUUGUUUACCUGGCUACAGUGGUGAUGCUUUCAUUGAAUGUCGGAUUAUUGACGUGCCACUGAACCCAUGUUCUCCAUCACCGUGCGGUUCUAACGCUGUAUGUAAACAAUUGAGAGGGGCUGGUUCAUGUGUAUGCUUACCAGAAUAUGAAGGAAAUCCCUAUGAAGGUUGUCGCCCUGAAUGUGUUGUCAAUUCAGACUGUCCUUCAAACUUUGCUUGCAUGCAAAAUAAAUGUAGAAAUCCCUGUGGAAACAUUUGCGGCCUUAACGCUCUUUGUAACGUCAUUAAUCAUAUUCCUAAAUGCGAAUGUGCACCAGGAACUACAGGUAGUCCACACCAAGAAUGUCGCGAUAUUUUAAAAGAUAUACCCGUAAAACACAAAACUCCGUGUUUACCAUCGCCAUGCGGGCCGUAUAGUAUUUGUAAAGCAGUUAAUGAACAAUCAGUGUGUACCUGUCAACCAGAGUAUAUAGGAUCUCCACCUAAUUGCAAACCGGAGUGUCUUAUCAGUGCUGAAUGCAGCCAACAAGAAGCUUGCAUAAAUCAAAAAUGUAAAAAUGCUUGUGAAGGUGUAUGUGGAGUUAACACGGAAUGUAAAGUAAUUAAUCAUAGCCCAAUUUGUACCUGUAGUCCUCAACACACAGGAGAUCCGUUUACUAGGUGUUAUAAAGAACCUGAAAUGCUACCGGUUUCAAGAAAUCCAUGUCUACCAUCUCCUUGCGGUCCAUUUUCGUUAUGUGUGGAAUUCAACGGGCUCCCAUCUUGUUCUUGCUUACAAAAAUACAUCGGUACGCCGCCGAAUUGCCGACCGGAAUGUACAAUAAAUUCAGACUGUUCCAGCGACAAAGCUUGUAUUAAUGAAAAGUGUAUCGAUCCAUGCCCAGGCUCAUGUGGUAUAAACGCUGAAUGUAGGGUACAAAGCCAUGUUUCUAUAUGUACUUGUAACAAUGGUUACUUUGGAGAUCCAUUCGUAGAGUGUUCAUUAAAACAACAGAUUGAACCUAUUGAAGUAAAUCCUUGUAAUCCAUCACCUUGCGGAUCAAAUGCAGUAUGUAACAAUGGAAUUUGCUCUUGUUUACCUGAAUAUAAUGGUGACCCAUACUUUGCCUGUCGUCCAGAAUGUACAAUCAGUUCUGAAUGUCCAUUACAUAUGGCUUGUGUUAAACAACGUUGUGUAAAUCCUUGUAAUAAUACUUGUGGCGUAAAUGCCGUCUGUGAGGUCGUCAAGCAUAUGGCUAUAUGUACAUGUCCACCCAAAACCACAGGCAAUGCAUUUGUAAAGUGUAGUCCCAUCAAAGAAACUAUACUCCAUAAUCCCUGUCAGCCAAACCCUUGCGGACCUUUCAGCCAGUGCAGAGAAUAUAACAAUCAGCCAGUUUGUUCAUGCAUUCCCGAAUAUCUUGGCACACCACCUGCCUGUCAUCCCGAAUGUGUUAUGAGUUCUGACUGUCCGUCAAAUAAAGCAUGUAGUAAUCAGAAAUGCAUUAAUCCAUGCGAGGGUGCUUGUGGAUUUGCAGCUCAUUGUCAAGUGAUAAAUCAUAACCCUAUAUGCAUAUGCCCAUCUGAAAUGACGGGAGAUCCUUUUACGAGAUGCAUUAUAAUACCACUGGCUGAGCCUGUAGUAAGCGGAAACCCAUGUCAACCAUCACCAUGUGGACCAAACUCAAUUUGUCAACCAAACCAAUCGGAAACCCCAACUUGCCAAUGUAUGCCAGAUUAUGUUGGUUCACCGCCUAAUUGUCGACCAGAAUGUAUAUCUAACGCUGAAUGCGAAUUACAUCUGGCUUGUAUUAACAAAAAAUGCAAGGAUCCUUGUUUACAAGCCUGUGGGAUAAAUGCAAAGUGCCAAGUUGUAAGUCACACCGCAGCCUGUGUAUGUCCUGAAGGUUAUAGUGGUGACGCUGCGGUUCAAUGUACCCUUAAUGCUCUUCUUCCAAGUAGCCCUCUCUCGCCAUGUACUCCCUCACCCUGUGGGACAAAUGCUGAAUGUCGGGAAAAAUCAGGAGCUGGUGCAUGCUUCUGCAUUAAUGGGUACUUCGGUAAUCCAUACCAAAACUGUCACCCAGAAUGUGUAGUAAACACAGAUUGUCCCAGCAACAAAGCUUGUACACGUAAUAAAUGUAUCGACCCUUGUCCAGGUACAUGUGCAAUAAAUGCAGAAUGUCAAGUAGUUAAUCAUUCACCAUUAUGCACUUGUCGACCAUCAUACACUGGUGAUCCUUUCCGACAGUGUGUUUUAAAAAUAAGCGAUGACCUGCCUAUCAAUCCUUGUCAACCCUCGCCAUGUGGUCCAAACAGCCAAUGCCGAAUUUCAAAUGGUGUAAGUGUAUGCUCAUGCUUGCCUGAAUACCAUGGAUCUCCACCUAACUGCAGACCGGAAUGCGUAGUAAGCUCCGAGUGUUCAUCAGAAAACACUUGUGUUAAUCAGAAAUGUAUUUCUCCUUGCCCUGGACCCUGUGGCAAAAACACUGAUUGUAGAGUGAUUAAUCAUAGUCCUAUAUGUACUUGCAAAGAUAAAUAUACUGGGGAUCCGUUUUCAAGUUGUUAUAAAGUUAUAGCUCCUGAUCGAGUCUUGACUACAAUAGAUCCAUGUAUACCAUCACCAUGUGGGGCAAAUUCACAGUGUCAGAACCGUAAUGGCCUUCCAUCCUGUUCCUGUCAGCCAAAUUAUUUUGGUAGUCCACCUAACUGCCGACCAGAAUGUGUUUUGAAUGAGGACUGUGCCAGUGAUUUGGCCUGCAUUGGUCUUAAGUGCAGUGAUCCUUGUUCCGGAUCAUGUGGUCUCAAUGCCAAUUGUCAUGUUAUGAAUCAUAUUGCAGUUUGUACGUGUAAUGAGGGUUACACUGGAAAUGCAUUCACACAAUGUAAUCCGGUUCCUAUUAAAGUUGAACAUGACAUCUGUAAAUCAUUGCAUUGCGGUGCAAACGCUGAAUGCGACGGAGAUAAGUGCAAGUGUCUUCCGGAAUUCCACGGUGACCCGUAUGAUAGAUGUCGACCCGAAUGCAUUCUGAAUUCUGAGUGCGAUAGACAUUUAGCAUGUAUUAAAAACAAAUGUGUAAAUCCCUGUCCAGGAAUUUGUGCAGCAACUGCUUUAUGUAAUGUUGUGAAUCAUAUACCAAUGUGCAGCUGUCCUGAACGUACAACUGGGAAUGCUUUCUUAGAGUGUCGACCAAUAUUACCCACAGAAUCACUCAACGUUAAUCCAUGUAACCCAUCUCCUUGUGGCCCUAACAGUCAAUGCAGACAAGUAAAUGGCCAGGCAGCUUGUUCUUGCGCUCCAAAUACUAUUGGUACCCCACCAGCUUGUCGUCCUGAAUGCACAAUAAGUGCCGAAUGUCGACUAGAUCAGGCAUGUAGUAAUCAACGUUGUAUCAAUCCAUGUGCCGCUUCUUGCGGCAUAAAUGCUGAAUGUAAAGUAGUAAAUCAUAAUCCUGUUUGUUCUUGUCCUUCGUCUUUCACCGGGGACCCGUUUACACGUUGCUAUAAACAAGCUGAAAAGUUACCAGAACGAAUUGACUUAUGCACACCUUCACCAUGUGGUCCAAAUUCAUUGUGCCAGGAAAUAAACGAAGUUCCAUCAUGUACUUGUUUAGAUGGUUAUCAUGGUCAACCUCCAUAUUGUAAACCUGAAUGCACAAGUAAUGAAGAAUGUUUACCAAGCUUAGCUUGUAUACGCAUGAAAUGUAAAAAUCCAUGUGAAAACAUAUGUGGUUCGAAUGCUGAAUGCAAAGUAGUCAGUCAUUCACCUAUAUGUUUGUGUGCUUUUGGGUACACAGGUGAUCCAUUUUUUGGUUGUACCAAAGAGAUUUUAAAUGCUGAAAUAGAAAUAACCCCUUGUUCACCAUCUCCUUGUGGGUCAAAUGCAAUAUGCAAAGAAAAACAAAAUGCUGGCUCAUGUACUUGCAUUGAAGGUUAUUUAGGAAAUCCUUAUGAAGGAUGUCGGCCUGAAUGCGUUGUCAAUACUGAUUGUCCCUCAAAUAAAGCUUGUGUUAAUAACAAAUGUAAAGAUCCUUGUCCGGGUAGUUGUGGCUCAAAUGCUUUGUGCCAAAUAGUAAAUCACUUACCCUUGUGUACCUGUUUAAGUGGUUACACUGGGGAUCCAUUCCAAUAUUGUGUCUAUCAAGAGGCACGUCCUACAAAAAUUCCCAUGGAUGUGUGUUAUCCAUCACCUUGUGGACCUAAUAGCCAAUGUAAAGAGAUCAAUGGUCAAGCAAUCUGUUCAUGCCUAGCGGGAUAUGAUGGAGUACCGCCAAAUUGUCGACCUGAAUGUGUCGUAAGUUCAGAGUGUGUUCCAGAAAAAGCGUGCAUUAACAACAAAUGCGUUAAUCCAUGUCCUAAACCAUGCGGAGUUAACACUCAUUGCCAGGUGAUCAACCAUAGUCCAAUAUGUUCCUGUAGGGGUUCCUUCACAGGAGAUCCAUUCACCUUGUGCACGCCAAUAAAGCGUAAGUAUUUGUUUUCACCCGCAUAAAAAAAAUAAUUUCCAUUAAUAAAUAAAAUUAAUUAUAAAUGUUAUUUUAGAUGAAAAAGUUGAUGACGGAAAAAAUUAUGUUUACCGUCACCGUGCGGUCCAAAUACUGAAUGUCGUCAAAUUGGAAAUUCCCCGUCAUGUUCUUGCCUUCCGAACUUUAUCGGUAGCCCACCGAACUGUCGACCUGAAUGUAGCAUCCACGCUGAUUGCUCAACUAACCAAGCUUGUAUAAAUUCGAAAUGCCAAGAUCCUUGUCCAGGAUCGUGCGGUACAUCAGCUUUAUGUAAAGUACACAACCAUAUUCCUAUAUGCACAUGUAUCGAAGGAUACAUUGGAGAUCCAUUUACGAGUUGUAUUCCUGAACCAUUGCAAGUGGAACCCGUUAUUAUAGAUUCAUGCACGAAUGUAAGAUGUGGGUCGAAUGCAGAAUGCAAUCGUGGACAAUGUCAAUGUAUACCGGAAUAUCACGGAGAUCCAUAUUUUAAUUGUCGCCCAGAAUGUGUUUUUAGCUCUGAUUGUGAUGUCACUAAAGCUUGUGUUCAACAAAAAUGCAUUGAUCCUUGCAUAGGAACGUGUGGAAUUAAUGCAAUAUGCCAAGUUAUAAAUCAUAUUCCUAUGUGUACAUGUAGCAAUGGGUUUUCUGGAAAUGCAUUUGUUGUUUGCAAUCCAGUAAGAGUUUCCGCCUCUGAACAUCCCUGCACUACUGCAAUUUGUGGACCGAACAGUCAAUGUCGGGAAAUAAACAAUCAAGCUGUUUGUUCUUGUUUACCCAAUUACUUAGGAGUACCGCCCGCUUGUAGGCCAGAAUGCGUAGUAGAUGCUGAAUGUCUUCAAAAUCAAGCAUGUAUUAAUCAGAAAUGUGUAAAUCCUUGUAUUGGAUCUUGUGGACUAAGAGCUAAAUGCGAAGUAAUAAACCAUAACCCAAUAUGCGCUUGUCCAAGUGGAUUUUCUGGUGAUCCAUUUGUUGCAUGUUCUGUCAUUUCAAAUGUUCAAGUUUCUUUGGUAAAGCCUUGUCUACCUUCUCCAUGCGGUCCAAAUUCUAUCUGUGAAGAAAUAAAAGGACAACCAUCUUGUCGCUGUAUGCCAGAAUUUAAAGGUCAACCACCAUUCUGUAAACCCGAAUGCGUAAGCAAUAGCGAGUGUUCAUCACACUUGGCAUGUGUCAAUCAAAAAUGUAAAGAUCCCUGCAUUAAUGCAUGUGGUAUGAAUGCUGAAUGUAGAGUAGUGAGUCAUUCUGCAAUGUGUGUGUGUCCUCAUGGGUACGAUGGUGAUCCAUUUUCGCGAUGUUCUAUAACAACGGCUAUAGAAAUAUUAACACCAUGUUCGCCAUCUCCCUGUGGAACUAAUGCGAUUUGCGAAGAACGUAACCAUGUCGGAUCUUGUAAAUGUAAUGAAGGUUACUUUGGCAAUCCUUACGAAAGUUGCAGACCGGAGUGUGUAUCUGACUCUGAUUGCCCAGGAAAUAGAGCAUGUAUUAAUAUGAAAUGUCAAGAUCCUUGUCCUGGAACCUGUGGCUUGAACGCUGAAUGUACUACUAUAAACCAUAAGCCAACAUGUGUAUGCAUCUCGGGUUAUACUGGUGAUGCUUUCCGAAAAUGUUCUAUUGUACCACUUAACGAUGACACACCUGUGAGCCUAUGCUAUCCUUCUCCGUGUGGUCCAAACAGUCAAUGUAAAAUAAUAAAUGAGAAAGCCAUUUGUAGCUGUCUACCUAAUUUCAUUGGUCUACCACCGUCAUGUAAACCUGAGUGUAGUCUCAGUUCAGACUGCAAUUCAGAUAAAGCUUGUAUCAAUCAAAAAUGUUCGAAUCCAUGUCCCGGUCCUUGUGGACACCUAGCAGAUUGUCGCGUGAUCCAUCAUAAUCCUAUUUGCAGUUGUUCACCAGGAUUAACUGGAGAUCCCUUCACAAGAUGCUAUACUAGACCAGUUGUUCAUGCUCAAAUAGAUGAAAUAAAGGAUCCGUGCGUGCCAAGUCCCUGUGGCUUAAAUUCUCAGUGUCGAAAUAUAAACGGACAAGCCGCUUGCUCCUGCUCUGCUGGUUACCUCGGUAGCCCUCCUAAUUGUAGACCAGAAUGUACAACCAAUCAAGAUUGUAUCGGAUCUCUAUCCUGUAUUAAUGAAAAGUGCAUCGAUCCUUGUCUAGGAUCAUGUGGGAGGAAUGCAAGGUGUUUUGUAAUAAAACAUGUAGCCAUUUGCGCAUGCCUCGAUGGUUAUACUGGAGAUCCUUUUACAAAAUGCGACAUAGAACCAAUAAAUGAUAAUCUUAUUGAUAAUUGUAAUCCUUCACCAUGUGGUUCAAAUACGGAAUGCCAAAACGGAGAGUGUCACUGUUUACCACAAUAUCAUGGCGACCCUUAUGUUGGCUGUAGACCAGAGUGUAUAAUAAGUUCCGAUUGUCCCCGAAAUCAAAUCUGUGCUGCUAAAAAAUGUAUAAACCCUUGCCCAGAUAUGUGUGGAAAGAAUGCAAUAUGUGAGGUUUUCAAUCACGUUCCGAUGUGCAGUUGUCCAACUGGGUACACUGGCAAUUCGUUUAUUUCAUGCCAAAUUGCUCAAGUCUUGGUGCCUGCUAAUCCGUGCAACCCCAGUCCAUGCGGUCCCAAUAGCCAGUGUCGAAUAAUAAAUAAUAUAUCGGUUUGUUCCUGUAUUCCUGGUUAUGAAGGAAAUCCACCAACAUGUCGACGAGAAUGCACAACUAGUUCAGAAUGUCCUUUGAAUAAAGCUUGUAAUAACUAUAAGUGCAUCGAUCCAUGCAAAGGAGCCUGUGGUUUAAACGCUUUAUGUGAGAUCGUCAACCAUAAUCCAAUUUGCUCAUGUCCAUCGGAAUAUACAGGCGAUCCAUUCAGUCGAUGCACUGAAAGACUCCAAGAAAUACUGCCACAGCUAAAUCCAUGCAUUCCAUCUCCUUGUGGACCUAACUCAAUAUGUCACCCUAUAUCAGAUACACCAUCUUGUUCUUGCAUGUCAGAAUUUAUAGGAAUUCCGCCAAAUUGCCGUCCUGAAUGUACCAGUAACAGUGAAUGUUCAAACCAUUUGGCCUGUAUUAAUAAUAAGUGUAGUGAUCCAUGUGUAGGCGCAUGCGGCUCACUUGCUCAAUGUCGUGUAGUUAGCCAUACACCAAACUGUAUGUGCCCACAGGGAUACACAGGAGAUCCAUUUUUAUCGUGUUUGAUACAAAAUACAGUAGUAACAGAAAAGCCAACACCCUGUACGCCAUCACCAUGUGGGUUUAAUGCAGUCUGCCAAGAACGCAACAACGUCGGUUCUUGUACCUGUUUUGCUGGCUAUUUUGGCAAUCCCUAUGAAGGAUGUCGACCAGAAUGUACCGUUAACACAGACUGUCCAUCAGACAAAGUUUGCCAGCAAAAUAAGUGCCAUGAUCCUUGCCCAGGAACUUGUGGUUUAAAUGCAAUUUGUCAAUCAGUUAAUCAUGCUCCCUUAUGUACUUGUCUUCCUGGUUAUACCGGAGAUCCAUUUAAAAACUGCAUAUUUAAAAAAGAUAUGGAAAAACCGACUGAUCCUUGCAAACCUUCGCCUUGUGGACCGAAUAGUGUUUGUAAAAUAUUAAAUGAACAAGCUGUAUGUAGUUGUAUUCCAGAAUAUCACGGUACUCCACCGAACUGCCGACCGGAAUGUAUUAUUAGUUCUGAAUGUGCCAAUAAUAGGGCUUGUAUCAAACAAAAAUGUAUGGAUCCUUGUUUAGGACAAUGUGGAAUAAAUUCAAAAUGCUUAGUUAUUAAUCAUAGUCCUAUUUGCACAUGUAUGGAACAUUUUACUGGAGAUCCAUUCAGCCGCUGUUUUGCUAUGGAAAUGCAUCUUCCUGAAAAGCAAUAUAAUCCCUGCUUGCCGUCACCAUGCGGACCGUUUAGUGAAUGCAGGGAAAAUUAUGGUGUACCAUCUUGCACCUGUCUUUCAAAUUAUAUGGGGGCUCCUCCAAAUUGUCGACCUGAGUGUGUUAUUAACGCUGACUGUAAAAGUAAUUUAGCAUGUAUCAAUCAGAAAUGUAUAGAUCCGUGUCCAGGUUCCUGCGGCAUUAAAGCACAGUGCAUUGUAAAAACUCAUAUGCCUAUUUGCACCUGUUACGAUAAUUACGUAGGGGAUGCUUUCAUCGAAUGUAAAUUACAAGAAAUCACCAGCGAUACCUUGGAUCCAUGUGUGCCAUCACCUUGUGGUGCCAACGCUAAGUGUGAAGAAGGUGUAUGCUCCUGUCUUCCUGAAUAUUUUGGGGAUCCUUACUUUGAAUGCCGUCCUGAGUGCACUCUUAGUUCUGAUUGUCCACUAAAUAAGGCUUGUUAUAGAAACAAAUGUGUUAAUCCAUGUAACGCUAAUGUCUGUGCAAGCAAUGCAUUAUGUGAUGUUAUUAAUCAUGUGCCAAUGUGCAGAUGCCCAGAAGAAAUGACUGGAAAUGCUUUUGUUUCAUGUUCCAGACAAGAAGUUGACAUACCUCAAGCCUGUCAACCGAGUCCAUGCGGACCUAACAGUCAGUGUCGUAAUGUAAACGGCCAGGCAAUUUGUUCAUGUUUAUUGGGCUUUAUUGGUACUCCACCUUCGUGCAGACCGGAGUGCAUUGUAAGCUCAGAUUGCUCUCCCGAGGAAGCUUGUUCAAACCGAAAAUGUAUUCGACCUUGUCAAGGAGCAUGUGGAAUUAAUUCCAAAUGUCAGGUCAUAAAUCAUAAUCCUAUUUGUUCUUGCCCACCAUCUUUUACUGGAAAUCCUUUCAUUAGAUGUAUAUUACAAGAAAUUGAACAAGAACAAAUUGACGUCUGUAAUCCGUCACCAUGUGGACCGAAUUCAAUUUGCAAGGAAAUGUUAAAUUCACCCAUUUGUUCGUGUCAACCUGGAUAUUUUGGCGCUCCCCCAUAUUGCAAACCCGAGUGUAUAAGUAAUUCGGAAUGUCCAACUCAUCGUGCGUGUAUUAACGAAAAAUGUACUGAUCCCUGUGAAACUGUUUGUGGCUCAAAUACAGAGUGCCAUGUAAUAAGUCAUUCUCCUUCAUGUUCAUGCCUUCAAGAUUACACAGGUAAUCCCUUCAUUGAAUGCCACAAAAUUAAAAAAGUUAUAGAGAUCUUGUCACCCUGCCAACCGUCCCCUUGCGGGGCCAAUGCCGUAUGCAAAGAGUAUAAUGGUGCAGGCUCAUGUACAUGUCUCACUGAUUUUUACGGUAACCCAUAUGAAGGAUGUAGACCAGAGUGCUUAAUAAAUUCUGACUGCCCCUCUAGUCAAGCAUGUUUGCAAAGUAAAUGCCAAAAUCCAUGUCUGGGUGCUUGUGCUCCAAAUGCUAUAUGCCAAGUAAUAAAUCAUGCACCAUCCUGUUCAUGUACAGAAGGUUUUUCUGGAGAUCCAUUUAAAUACUGUACACCUAUCCAGACACUAGAAAUACCUGUUGACGUGUGCCAACCGUCACCAUGUGGACCGAACAGUCGUUGUCAAGAGGUUAAUAAACAAGCAGUUUGCUCUUGUAUGCCAAAUUAUAUUGGUUCACCACCAGGCUGUCGCCCUGAGUGCGUUGUCAGUUCUGAUUGUCCCUCGAAUAAGGCAUGUGCCAAUGAAAAGUGCAUUGAUCCAUGCACUAAUGCAUGCGGAAGUAACGCUGAUUGCAGAGUAAUAAAUCAUAACCCGAUAUGUAACUGUAAAAACUUCUAUACUGGUGAUCCUUUUUCAAGAUGCAUUCCUUUGAAGCCACCAGUUGCUAACGCCGUUUUGGAACCAUACAAAAAUCUUUGUGUUCCUUCACCAUGUGGACCCAAUUCUAUAUGCCAAGAAACCAAUAACAUACCUGCUUGUACUUGUAUGGACGGUAUGUUAGGCAACCCACCAAAUUGCAAACCGGAAUGUAUCGUCAACUCCGAAUGUCCUCUUUCACAAGCCUGUAUACAUCAAAAAUGUCAAGAUCCUUGCGCUGGUUCAUGUGGUAUUGGAGCUUUGUGUUCCGUUGCGCGACAUGUACCUAUUUGCACCUGCCCUGAUGGUUAUACAGGAGAUGCCUUUACUGUAUGCACACCGAAACAUAAACCAGAUGUUAAUAUAAUCGAUAAAUGUAAUCCAUCACCUUGUGGCACAAAUGCCGUUUGUAAUAAUGGCGUUUGUACCUGCAUUGCGGAACAUCAGGGCGAUCCUUAUAUUGGAUGUAGACCGGAAUGUGUACUCAGUACUGAUUGUGCAAAAGACAAAGCAUGUAUAAGAAAUAAAUGUAUUGAUCCUUGUCCUGGAGCAUGUUCUUCAACAGCUGUUUGUGAAGUAAUAAAUCACAUUCCUAUGUGCACAUGUCCACAGGGAAUGAGUGGAAAUGCCUUCUAUGCAUGUGAACCGAUUAGAGGUCCACUUAUUAGCAACCCUUGUAUUCCAUCGCCAUGCGGACAAAAUAGCCAAUGCAGGGAAGUUAAUGGUCAAGCUGUAUGCACAUGUAUUCCUGAUUUUAUUGGGAGUCCACCACUUUGCAGACCAGAAUGUUUAGUCAGUUCAGACUGUUCUUUAAACAAAGCUUGUAGUAAUCAAAAAUGUAUCGACCCCUGCAAAGGUUCAUGCGGGGUGGAAGCCAAAUGUGUUGUUAUUAAACAUAAUCCAAUAUGCACUUGUCCUCCCAAUCAUACAGGAGAUCCAUUUAUUCGAUGCAUUCCAUCCGAACCUCUCGCUGCAGUCGUAUCUCCUUGUUCUCCGUCACCAUGUGGUGCUAACGCUAUUUGUCACGAAACAGAUGAAUCGCCAUCAUGUGCUUGCAUGGAAAAUUAUAUUGGAUCACCGCCAUAUUGUAGACCCGAAUGCAGCAGUAAUAGCGAAUGUUCCACUCAUCUCGCGUGUAUUAAUAAAAAAUGCAAAGAUCCGUGCAUUGACGUGUGUGCUCUAAAUGCAAAUUGUAAAGUAGUAAGCCAUUCACCCAUGUGUUUCUGUGAUGAUGGAUAUGAGGGAGAUCCAUUCACAAGUUGUCAACCUAUAUUAUUAACCGCUCCUGAAAUUGUUUCACCCUGUGACCCUUCGCCAUGUGGUGUCAACGCGAUCUGCAAGGAACAUAAUUCCGCAGGUUCUUGUAUUUGUCUUCCAAAUUACAUAGGAAACCCAUAUGAAGGAUGUCGACCUGAGUGCACAAUAAACACAGAUUGUUCACCAAAUAAGAGCUGUAUCAGAAACAAAUGUGUAGAUCCUUGCCCCGGAACUUGUGGCUUAAAGGCAACCUGCCACACCAUUCAACAUUUACCCAUCUGCACAUGUUCUUCUGGAUACACUGGUGAUCCAUAUCGAAGAUGCGAUUUCAUAAGAGAAACGACUCCAGAAGUUGCGACCCCCUGUGUACCAAAUCCGUGUGGACCAAAUAGCAUUUGCAAACCAUCCAAUGGUCAAAGUGUAUGUUCUUGUAUGCCUAACUACAUUGGCUCGCCACCUGGUUGUCGACCAGAAUGUACAGUUAGUGUGGAAUGUCCACCAACAACUGCAUGCAUAAAUAUGAAAUGUGUCAACCCUUGUCCAAACCAUUGCGGUUCUGAUACUGAAUGCAGAGUUGUAGGUCACAGUCCAAUUUGUUCGUGUAAAAAUGGUUUUACAGGAGAUCCCUUCACCCGAUGUUACAAACAACCACCACUUUUUAUAACUCAAGAAAUCCGACAAAAUCCCUGCGUGCCAAGUCCUUGUGGUUCUAAUGCCAUUUGCAAGAAUAUAAAUGGUUCACCGUCAUGUUCUUGCAUGUUAAACUUCCAAGGAUAUCCACCAAAUUGUAGACCAGAAUGUGCUAUAAAUCAAGAUUGUCCAUCAAAUAUGGCGUGUAUAAAUAUGAAAUGCAGGGAUCCAUGUCCUGGAAGUUGCGGACAAAAUGCUGACUGUACAGUUUUUAAUCAUUUACCUGCUUGUACAUGUGCCAAUGGUUAUAGCGGAGAUCCAUUUUCUCAUUGUAAUAUAAUUGCCCUAAAAGAUGACAUUCCUAAUGAUCCUUGCCACCCUUCGCCAUGUGGCUUUAAUGCCGAAUGCAUAAACGGAAUAUGUUCUUGCAUAAAUGAUUAUCACGGAGAUCCUUAUGAAGGUUGCAAACCAGAAUGUACGACAAACAUGGAAUGUUCAUCUAAUGAAGUAUGCUCAAGGAAUAAAUGUAUUAAUCCCUGUCCUGCAAUAUGUGCUCUAACAGCCGAAUGUAAUGUUUACAAUCACAUACCCAUAUGCACAUGCCCGCAAGGUAUGAGCGGAAAUGCUUUUAAAGAAUGCUAUCAUCUUGAGAUUAUAAACGAGGAACCAUGUAAUCCAAGUCCAUGCGGACCUAACAGCCAAUGCCGAGAUGUAAAUAAUCAAGCUGUCUGCUCAUGUCUACCUUCCUUUAUUGGUAGUCCUCCGUCUUGUCGACCCGAAUGUACUAUAAGUGCUGAAUGUCCUUCAGAUGAAGCAUGUAAUAAUCAAAAAUGCAUAAAUCCGUGCAAAGGCAGUUGCGGCUAUAAAUCGAGAUGUGAAGUUGUAAAUCACAAUCCUAUAUGCUCGUGUCCUCCGCAAUACACAGGAGACCCAUUUACAAUAUGCAACCCAAUAGUUGCUACACCACCAUCAAUAGACCCUUGUAGUCCUUCACCAUGCGGGCCUUUUUCAAUUUGUAAAGUCAUCGGAGAGUCACCGUCUUGUUCAUGUCAAAUGGAUUAUACUGGAUCACCACCCAACUGCCACCCUGAGUGCAUUAGCAACUCCGAAUGCUCAAGCAACCAAGCAUGUGUGAACCAAAAAUGUAAAGAUCCAUGUCCCGGUAGUUGCGGAUAUAAUGCCGACUGUAGAGUUAUUAGUCAUGCGCUGAUCUGCUCUUGUCCGUAUAGAUAUACCGGAGAUCCACUUGUUUCUUGUAAUCCCAUAAAAGAUACUGUUAUUGCAUAUGAUUCACCCUGUGAAUCUUCUCCGUGUGGAUUAAAUGCAAAGUGCAGGGAAAGUAACGGAGUGGGAUCCUGCCAAUGCUUAGAGAAUUAUGUCGGUGAUCCUUAUGAAGGAUGUCGACCGGAAUGUGUUAUAAACACAGAUUGCAAUCCUACUCAAGCGUGCAUUCAAAAUAGAUGUAAAGAUCCCUGUUUAGGCAUAUGUGCACCAAAUGCUAUCUGUCAAGUAGUUAAUCAUUUACCAUCCUGUCAUUGCCCUCCGACUCUUACAGGAGAUGCUUAUUCUAUUUGUGUAGACAAAAUUAAAGAUGAUAAAAAAAUUACUCCAUGCAUUCCUUCACCUUGUGGACCUAAUAGUCAGUGCCGUGAGGUAAAUUCUCAGGCUGUUUGCAGUUGUAUGGAGACAUAUGUCGGUAUUCCACCUAAUUGUCGUCCAGAAUGCACGAUUAAUAGUGAAUGUGCUUCUGACAAAGCAUGUAUUAAUCGAAAAUGUGUGAAUCCAUGCGCUGGACAGUGUGGUAAAAAUGCUAAUUGCAGAGUAAUAGCACAUAGCCCUAUGUGUUCAUGCCAAGAAUUAUAUACCGGAGAUCCAUUUUCUUACUGUAUGCCUCAACCCAUCUCCAUUCCAUCUCAAAUUGUAAAUCCUUGCUUACCUUCACCCUGUGGAUCAAAUGCCAUAUGUGAUGAAAACAAUGGACUACCACGAUGUAGCUGUAAACCUAAUUACAUUGGUACACCACCAUUAUGCCGACCCGAAUGCACGAUCAACUCAGACUGUAACGCGAUUCAGGCCUGCAUCAACAAUCACUGUUCUGAUCCUUGUCCGGGGGCUUGUGGAAACAAUGCCCAGUGUAUCGUCAAUAAUCAUUUACCUAUCUGCUCCUGUUUACCAAGUUAUACUGGAGAUCCAUUUACUAAUUGUGAUGUUAUUGUAAAUGAUGACCAGAUUAAUCCCUGCUCGCCAUCACCUUGCGGUGCUAACGCUAUUUGUAAUGAAGGAGUCUGUUCGUGUUUACAAGAUUAUUUCGGAGAUCCUUACUUUAAUUGUAAGCCCGAAUGUAUAUUGAAUUCUGACUGUGUACGAAGCAAGGCUUGCACACGAAACAAAUGCAUAGAUCCCUGUAUAGGGACAUGCGGAAACGAAGCUACUUGUGAAGUAAUAAAUCAUAUACCAAUCUGUUCAUGUCCCGUAGGAACUACUGGAGAUCCUUUUAACUUUUGCUCAAGAGUAAUAGAACCAAUUUCUACCAAUUUAUGCGAGCCAAAUCCAUGUGGGCCUUAUAGUAAAUGUAAAGAAAUAAAUGGGCAUGCUGUUUGUGUUUGUAUUCAAGGCUUCCUUGGCAGUCCACCAAACUGUCGACCAGAAUGCACUAUCAGUUCCGACUGUUCUUUGGAAAAAGCGUGUUCUAAUCAAAAAUGUAUAGAUCCUUGUCCCGGAGCAUGUGGAAGAAAUACUCAAUGUAUUGUUGUCAAUCACAAUCCAAUAUGCACUUGUUUGUCUGGAUUUACCGGAGAUCCUUUUUCAGUAUGUCAAAUAAUUCCACUUACAAUACCUGUUAAAAUCAAUCCAUGCCUGCCAUCUCCAUGUGGACCAAAUUCACAAUGCUCUGAGAGAGAUGAAACUCCACAUUGUACUUGUUUACCAGACUAUAUAGGUGUACCACCAAAAUGUCGUCCGGAAUGUACCAGUAAUACAGAUUGUAACAUACGUAUGGCUUGUAUAAAUAAAAAAUGUCGGGACCCAUGUGCUGGAUCGUGUGGAGUUAACGCAGAGUGUAAAGUUGUGAGCCACACUCCUAUUUGUACUUGUCAAAGCGGUUACAGUGGAGAUCCUUUCCACUACUGCAAUGAAUUGAUAAUUACAACAACACAAGAGAGGCCUACUCCUUGUGUUCCAUCUCCAUGUGGAGCGAACGCUGUAUGUAGAGAUCAAAAUGGUAUUGGAUCUUGCACCUGUCUUUCUGACCACUUUGGUGACCCCUAUGUCGCCUGCAAGCCCGAAUGUUUACUUAAUUCGGAUUGUCCAUCAAAUAAGGCGUGUCACAAUAAAAAAUGUCAUGACCCUUGUCCUGGUACUUGUGGUAUAGAUGCUCAGUGCAAUGUAAUCAAUCAUAUUCCAAGUUGCAGUUGUCCUGAACAAUAUUACGGUGACCCAUAUAAAAUAUGUAUAUUUAGACUACAAGAGAAUAAGGUUGAUGCUUGUGAUCCUUCUCCAUGUGGACCAAACUCACAAUGUAAAAUGAUGAACGAGAUUGCUAUGUGCACAUGUUUAGUCGGAUAUCAAGGGUCACCACCCGAUUGUCGACCAGAAUGUAUAACAACUUCCGAAUGUGCUCUAGACCAAAUAUGCGAAAAUAAUAAGUGUGUAUCACCAUGUCCCAGAGGUUGUGGUAGUAACACAAAUUGUCGAGUAAUUAAUCACAAUCCUAUAUGCGUUUGCAAAGACGGAUAUACUGGAGAUCCUCUCUCGACUUGUUACACUAUAAUACAAAGAGAGCCAGCGAUACUUGAAAUUCCCAACCCAUGCAUUCCAUCUCCAUGUGGCUUAAACGCAGAAUGCAGAAAUGUGGGUGGAAUACCAUCAUGCUCGUGUUUAUCAACGUACAUUGGAAGCCCGCCAAAUUGUAAACCUGAAUGUAUAACAAACUCAGACUGCAGCAACGACAAAGCUUGUAUUACUAUGAAAUGUUUGGAUCCUUGCUUGGGUUCAUGUGGCCAACAUGCCGUUUGUACUGUUAUAAAGCAUGUGCCUGUAUGCUCCUGUUCUAAUGGUUACGAAGGAGAUCCAUUUAUUAUGUGCAACGUCAAGAAAGAAGAAAUAAUUAAGGACAUUAACCCAUGCAAUCCAUCACCUUGUGGUUCUAACGCAAUAUGCCAUAAUGGCGAAUGCACCUGCUUACCGGAGUAUCACGGGGAUCCAUAUUUCGCUUGUCGACCUGAGUGUGUCCUAAAUAGUGAUUGCCCUGUUAAUAAAGCCUGCCUACAUAAUAAAUGUAUUGAUCCAUGUGUCAAUAUGUGUGGUAUUAAUGCUGAAUGCAAUAUCUACAAUCAUAUAGCGGUAUGUAGUUGUCCAGAUGGAAUGGUUGGAGAUGCCUUUGCUGAAUGCAAAUUUGUUAAAAUUCCAACGAUUACGGCAUGUGUUCCAUCUCCAUGUGGACCUAACAGUAUAUGUAGGGAGGCUAAUGGCCAAGCUGUGUGUACUUGUAUACAAGGCUUUGUUGGAAAUCCUCCAAGCUGUCGUCCUGAGUGUAUUCGAAGCACAGAUUGUCCAGCAUCACUAGCAUGUAUUAAUAAAAAAUGUCAAGACCCCUGUCCAGGCUCAUGUGCAUCAAAUGCUAUAUGUAAUGUAUUGAAACAUAAUCCAGUAUGUUCCUGUCCUCCUAGAUAUACGGGAUCGCCUUUCACAUAUUGUUAUGUUGAACAAAUACAGGAAAGUCCCAGCAAUCCGUGUGACCCAUCUCCUUGUGGCCCAAAUAGUUUAUGUAAAGUAUUGGGCCCAGAAUCUUAUGUUUGUUCCUGUCAGCCAACUUUUGAAGGCAAUCCACCAAAUUGCAAAAGAGAAUGUUCAGCUAACGAAGAAUGUGCCACAGAUAAAUCCUGUAUAAAUUAUAAAUGUAAAGAUCCUUGUCCAGGAUCUUGUGGAAUCAACACAAUAUGUACAGUUCAUCUUCAUACAGCAAUGUGCUCUUGUCAAAACGGUUUCUUUGGAGAUCCGUUCCUGUUUUGUUAUGAAACACCUGAGAUCAUUAAACCAAAAGAUCCUUGCAAUCCUACGCCUUGUGGGCCAAACGCUCGUUGCUCAGUCUCUGACAGUGAUAUCGCAGUAUGUAGUUGUGAGUCUGGUUACUUUGGUAAUCCAUACGAGACAUGUAGACCAGAAUGUAUUAUGAAUUCUGAAUGUCCCUUCAAUAAGGCGUGUUUAAGAAAUAAAUGUGAUGAUCCAUGUCCAGGAGUAUGUGGUACUACUGCAAUUUGCAAUGUAAUAAAUCAUUUACCAAUUUGUACAUGUGCCUCAGGAUAUACAGGAAAUCCGUACUCAUAUUGUCAUAUAGUACUUGAAAAAUUUGAAAACAUUUCACGAGAUCCCUGUAUUCCAAAUCCGUGUGGAAGCAAUAGCGUUUGCAAAAAUAACAGAGGUGUCGUUUCUUGUUCUUGUGUGUCUGAUUAUAUUGGAACUCCACCAAAUUGUCGACCCGAAUGCACAGUUAACUCAGAAUGUGAAGUUUCUAAGAGUUGUAUUAACCAUAAAUGUGCUGAUCCAUGUUUGGGUGUUUGUGGUCAAAAUUCUAUAUGUAAAGUAAUUAAUCAUGCACCAAUUUGUUCAUGCGGCCAAGGCUAUACUGGAGAUCCAUUUACAAAAUGCAUAGAAAUACAAAAAUUACCUCCGGCCGAAGUUAAUCCCUGUAGUCCAUCACCGUGUGGACCUAAUGCACUUUGUCAAACAAUAAAUACAGUACCAAUGUGCACAUGUAUAGAAAACUUUAUUGGUUUUCCGCCAAAUUGUCGUCCAGAAUGUAUAGUAAACUCGGAUUGUCCUUUCGACAAAUCGUGCAUUAACCAUAAAUGUAAAGAUCCUUGCAUCGGUUCUUGUGGAUUAAACACAAUAUGUCAAGUUUUUCAACAUUCCGCUAUAUGUAGUUGUGUCGAAGGAUAUACCGGAAAUCCAUUUGAAAAUUGUCACUUUACUGAAAUAAUCGAACAUGUCCCAAUUAUUUAUGACAAAUGCAAUCCCAGCCCAUGUGGAGCUAACACUGAAUGUAGGGAUGGAAUAUGCUCUUGCAAACCAAAUUAUUUCGGAAACCCGUAUAUGAGCUGUCGACCUGAAUGCUCACAUAGCUCUGAAUGUGCAUUUAAUCUCACAUGUAUAAACAACAAAUGUUCUGAUCCAUGCGUCAAUCUUUGUGGUCAGAAUGCUUUAUGUGAAGUAUACGAUCAUAUACCAAUGUGUAGUUGUCCCAGCAAUAUGGUGGGAAAUGCAUUCUUUUCAUGUACGCCCUUAACAGUGGUUAAAGAUGAAGUUAAAAAUUUGUGCGAACCAUCUCCAUGCGGUCCCAACAGCGUAUGUCACACAAACCAAAAUCAAGCUGUAUGCUCAUGCCUAUCAGGCUAUAAAGGAACACCACCAUAUUGCAGACCCGAAUGUUUAGUAGAUUCGGACUGCACGAGCCUAAUGGCGUGUUCCAAUCAGAAAUGUAUUGAUCCAUGUCAAGGAUCUUGCGGCAUUAAUGCCGAAUGCAAAGUUCACAAUCACAAACCUUUAUGCUAUUGCGGCACACGACUAACAGGAGAUCCAUUUACACAGUGUUACCAAUAUUCAAUACCAAUAAAGAAAACGCCAUGUGAUCCCUCACCAUGUGGACCAAACGCUAUUUGUAAAGAAGUAGGUGAAACACCUUCUUGUGAAUGUAUGAAUGAUUUCAUGGGAAGACCUCCAUAUUGUCGUCCAGAAUGUGUCACCAACAGCGAAUGUGAUUUAGACAAAUCCUGCAUCAACCGUAAAUGUAUAAACCCGUGUAUUGGAGCUUGCGGAAGUAAUACAAAUUGUCGAGUGAUCAGUCACUCACCAAUGUGUUCCUGUCAAUCUGGAUAUGAAGGAGAUGCAUUUGACCAGUGUCAUCCUAGGAAAGUGGAAAUGCUCAAGCCAAUUGCACAAAUAAAACCAUGUUCACCGAAUCCUUGUGGACCAAAUGCUAUAUGCCAAGAAAGAAACCAAGCGGCUAGCUGCAUAUGUAUUAAUGGUUUCCUAGGAAAUCCAUAUGAAGGAUGCAGACCAGAAUGUGUUUUACAUUCCGAUUGCCCCCAAAAUUUGGCAUGCAUAAGUAACAAAUGUCAAGACCCUUGCUCAGGAUACUGUGGCUCUAAUUCUUACUGUCAGACUGUAAACCACAUGCCAAAAUGUAAUUGCUUCAAUGGCUAUGCAGGAGAUCCAUACGAUAAUUGCAUACUUAAAGAAGAAAUCUCAGAAAAAAAUCCCUGCAGUCCAACUCCUUGUGGACCAAACAGCGUGUGUAAAAUUGUAAACGAUCAGGCAUUAUGUACUUGCCUCCCUGAGAACAAAGGCAGCCCACCAAAUUGUCGUCCUAUAUGUUUAUCUAGCUCCGAGUGCCCUCUCAAUGAAGCUUGCAUAAAACAAAAGUGUGUCAAUCCUUGUGUUGAAAUAUGUGGAAGCAAUGCUCAAUGUCGGGUUCACCGCCAUAGUCCUAUUUGCACUUGUCUUCCCGGUUUCGAGGGUGAUCCGUUUAUCUUGUGCACCGAACAAAAACACUUAGCGCCAGUUACAAAUCCCUGUGAGCCAAAUCCAUGUGGACCAUUUUCAGUAUGUAAAAACUUAGGAGAAUCAGCAACGUGUAGCUGUAAAUUAGGCUAUGUCGGUGUACCCCCGCUUUGUUCUCCUGAGUGUACAAUUAACGAAGACUGCCCAAAAGACAAAACUUGCAAUAAAGAAAAAUGUGUGAAUCCUUGUCUCGGAUCUUGUGGUUUUAAUGCUAAUUGUCGUGCCUCUAAUCAUCUGGCAAUUUGCACCUGUUUGGUUGGCUACCGAGGUGACCCGUUUGUCGGUUGCUAUGAAGUUCAAAAAGAUACGCCAAUUAUGGAACCAAAAGAUCUUUGCUCUCAAACUCCCUGUGGCAUAAAUGCAUUGUGUAAUAAUGGAAGCUGUUCUUGCAUACCUGAAUAUCACGGAAAUCCUUACUUUGAAUGUCGACCAGAAUGUACAACAGAUAAUGAAUGUCAUAAAGACCAAGCUUGUAUCAAUUUGAAAUGUAUUAACCCUUGCAAAAAUGCAUGUGGUCUGAAUGCCGUAUGCAACGUUUAUAAUCACUUGGCCAUAUGUGAAUGUCCACCACCACUUCACGGUGAUCCAUUUAUUGGUUGUCGUCUUGCAACAGAAACUUCUAAAAUAGAUCCAUGUUCACCAAACCCAUGUGGACCAAAUAGUGUUUGCAAAGCAUCAGGUACAGUAGCACACUGCUCAUGCCGGUCCGCGAUGUUGGAGGAACCUCCCAGUUGCCGACCAGAGUGCCGCUCUCAUUCAGAUUGCUCACCAAGCUUGGCUUGCCGCAAUAAUAAAUGUCGAGAUCCUUGCCCCGGAUCCUGUGGAGAGAAUGCCAUUUGUUUAACCAAAUUGCAUUCUCCAAUUUGUAGCUGCCCUGCUGGGUUUACUGGGGACCCUGUAACUCGGUGUUUGCCAGUUGCAGGAAUUGAUGCCGAAACAAAAACACCAUGCUCUGAUUGUGGACCAAAUUCAGUUUGCAUUAAUGGUGUAUGUCAGUGUCAAAGAAAAUAUAUAGGAUCCCCCCCUUUCUGUCAUAUUGAGUGUUUAAAAUCUAGCGACUGUGAAUGGAGCAAAAUGUGUAUAAACCGACGCUGCGUGGAUGCAUGUUCAGAAACGUGUGGUGAAUCUGCUCUCUGCAACACUGUUGGCCACGAGCCACAGUGUACUUGUCCUCCAAACACCAUCGGAAACCCUUAUUUCCAAUGUCGACCCAUCGGAACGAUUCAAAAGCUGCCAAAUGACCCAUGUUCUCCAUCACCAUGUGGUCCUGGCGCAUUAUGUCAUACCAGAGGUACUGUAGCUGCUUGUGAAUGUGAAGUUGGUCUUCGAGGUGAUCCUUACAGUGGCUGUCGACCAGAGUGCAUUGCAGACUCGGAUUGUGCGCCAAAUCGUGCAUGUAUUCGUUCCCAUUGCCGUGAUCCUUGCCAGGGAACUUGUGGUAUUGGCGCAGAAUGUGAAACUGUUAAUCAUAUUCCACUGUGUUCAUGUCCCAAAGGAACAAGAGGAAACGCUUUUGAGAAGUGUGAAUUCAUUACAACAGCACCACCAUGUUCACCAUCUCCAUGUGGUCCUGGUGCACUAUGCACUGUUGCGGGUGAUAGAGCCGUGUGUUCAUGUCCAAGCGGUACUAGUGGGGACGCUUCCUCAUCGGGCUGUCGUCCAGAAUGUGUCGUUAGUUCUGAGUGUCCACGAAGCCGAGCAUGCAUACGUAAUAAGUGUAUUGAUCCCUGCGUUGGUGCCUGUGGAAAUGGCGCAAUAUGUCGAGUGUUUGACCAUGCCCCUAUAUGCUCUUGCCCUCCCUCAACCUCUGGAGACCCAUUCUUAAAUUGUAGAAAAAAAGAUAUACCAACGACAAGUCCUACUGUUUACGAUCCAUGUGAUCCCAACCCUUGUGGACCUCAUGGAAGCUGUCACGAUGGUUCCUGCAAAUAUCCUGAAUGUAUUACGAAUGACGAUUGCCCCGGCGACAGAUCUUGUCUAAAUAGAAAGUGUUCUGAUCCUUGUAUCAAUGCGUGUGGUAUCAACGCCAUAUGUACAGGAGUAAGACAUUCUGCAGUGUGUUCAUGUCCCUUAGGAUAUACCGGAUAUCCAUUUGUUCAUUGUGAGCAAAUUAUAUCAAUUGCAAUAACACCUCCUACUGCUGAAUGUUUACGUGAUGAUGAUUGCGCGGAUAGUUCAGCCUGUGUAGAAAAUAAAUGUUCACUAGCCUGUGGACCCCUAGCUUGUGGUUUGAAUGCUCGAUGUGUGGCCAAACAACAUAGAGCCAGAUGUGCUUGCCUACCAGGCUAUGAAGGAGACGCAUAUAUUGGAUGCUACUCGGUUCAAUGUCACAGCAACAACGAUUGUCCAGAUGAUGAGAGCUGUGAAAGCAACUCCUGUAUAAAAGUAUGCUCACGUAUUCGAUGCGGUAUUGAAGCACAUUGUUACGCUCGCGGUCAUUCAGCAUCUUGUGAAUGUGACUCGGGAACACGUGGUGAUCCAUGGACAAUUUGUCACAAAGACGAAUGUCAAAACGAUGAAGAUUGUCCACUGUCGUUAGCAUGUAGAAGCAAAACAUGCCAGAAUCCUUGUCCAGGAGCCUGCGCUUCUCAUGCGCUAUGUAGUGUCAUACGCCAUAUUCCUACUUGUGAAUGUCCACGAGGUACAGAAGGAAAUCCUCGAAUUGAUUGCAAACCAGUUAAAGACCAAAAUGAAUGUGAAAGUGAUGCUGAAUGUGGCCCCGGACUUGCCUGUCUUCAAGGAAUAUGUAAAAACCCAUGUGACAAAACUUCCUGUGGAGUUGGUGCAAUUUGUAGAGUUGCGAAUACGUUGCCGUUCCGCACACUCGUAUGCGAAUGCCCACGACCUUUAAUCGGCGAUGCUUCCGUACUCUGUCAGCCUAAAGGCCAAUGUAGUGCAGACACUGAAUGCGGUGACGAGGAACGGUGUAUAGCAGGCAUAUGCCGUAAUGUGUGUACACCAGAUACUUGUGGAGCAGGCGCUGAGUGUCGUGUCAACGGUCGACAAGCCUCCUGCGUAUGCGUGCCACCACUUCAAGGAGAUCCUAGUGUUGCUUGUACACCAAGAACAUCGGGAGAAAUCUGCUUAUCAGACGACAGCUGUGGAGCUGCAGAGGCAUGUAUGCAGCAGCGCUGUGUACCUGCUUGUGCAGGUGCCUGCGGAUCCGGAGCGCUUUGUGAAGCCAUCAACCAUCGUGCCUUCUGCCGCUGUCCACCUUCUACGGCUGGUGACCCAGCGAUAGCAUGCUACACACCGGAAUGUAGUUCGGAUGAAAACUGUCCCUUUGAUAAGGCUUGCCGUAAUGGAUACUGUCGGGACGCGUGCUCUUAUAACGGUCCUUGUGGACGAGGUGCCAUUUGUGAAGUAGUUGCCCAUGUUGCCUCAUGCCGCUGUCCACCUGGCACUCAGGGUGACCCUCGUCGUGCUUGCGUCUCUGCAGUUUGUCAAUACAAUGAUGAUUGCAAUGAUAACCAAAUAUGUGACCGUCUUAACCGUGUCUGUCAACCGGCCUGUUCCGAUACAAGCUGUGCACCUGGAGCGAUUUGCACUGCUAAGCUUCACCAACCAAUAUGCAGCUGUCCACCAGGAUACAGUGGAGAUCCUUAUUUACGUGGUUGUAUGACCGUACAAUUAACAGAUGAGUGCGUAAAUGAUUCCGACUGUCCUCGACCACUUGGCUGCGUCAACGCAAAAUGUAUAGACCUAUGCCAGUAUAAUCCUUGUGAUACAGGCCUUAUUUGUAAGACAGUAGAUAUAUUACCACUACGCGCUGUCGCUUGUGUUUGUCCGGAAGAAGGUCGCAUUGCUCCUGAUAAAGGUUGUCGACCUCCUCCCGAAGCAGAAUGCUCUGCUGAUCUAGACUGUUCUGGUAUUGAAACUUGCCGUAGAGGAAAAUGUAUAGAAGCCUGCAAAGCUGCACCAUGUGGCCACAACGCUUUGUGCGAAGCUGUUGAUCAUGUAUCACGCUGUAGUUGUCCACCGGGAUAUCUUGGAAAUCCAAGAAUCGAGUGCAAUACAGAAGCGAGACAACCAUCUAUUUUUGAAUGUUACAAAGAUGACGAAUGUGGACCAGAACAAGCUUGCAAUAAGCGUGCUUGUAUCAACCCAUGCUUAAAUUCUUGUGGUCCGGGUGCGUUGUGCCGCGUUAUUAACCACAAACAUCAAUGUUCUUGUCCAAAUGGCCACACAGGGGAUGCAAAUGUAAAAUGUACACCUCCGACAGAAGAUAAAUCUGUAUUGCCAGUCGGUUGCAAAUCAAAUUCGGACUGCCCAUUAACGCAGGCGUGCAUAAAUAGUGUGUGUGCUAAUCCUUGCGUCUGUGGAUCUAACGCUGAAUGUACAGUAGUGAGACACCAUCCUGUUUGCUACUGUGAACGUGACUAUUCCGGAAAUCCUUAUCAAGGCUGUACUAAAGUUGAAUGUGCAUCUGACUCCGAAUGUCGUGAUAGUGAUAUGUGCUUUAACGGGGCCUGUGUCAGUCCUUGUAUAGUAGAAGCUCCAUGUGCAAUAAGCGCGGAGUGUUAUGGCGAAAACCAUCGAUCUCAAUGUCGCUGUCCUGUUGGAACGAUUGGUAACCCUUACAACAAAUGCCAAGCACCUGACUGUGAAUUUAAUUCAGAUUGCAAUGAUGACAGUGUGUGCCUUAAAGGAAUUUGCCAACAUGCUUGUUCUGCAGACGGUCAUAACCCGUGUGCUAACAAUGCUAAUUGUUUUGCCAGAAAUCAUGUUGCAGCGUGUAAAUGUCCAUCUGCUCUCCCUAAUGGUGACCCGUUAUCAUUCUGUGAAAAGACCUUAGUGCUUGGUGAACCAGAAUGUCGAUAUGACAGCGACUGUCCUAGUGGUCAAGCUUGCCUGAGAGAUGAAUGUCGAGAUGCUUGUAAAGAACUCAACCCAUGUGCUAGUAAUGCUCGUUGCACAGUUUCUGAUAGCGUUCCCUUCCGAACACUGAUUUGUCGUUGCCCAGAAGGCUAUAUACCGGAUGAAAAAGGCUCAUGUAAACCAGCGCAAUUGCCACCUUUAAGUUGCUCUUCAGACAAUGAUUGCGGCGAUCAGGAUUCUUGUAUUAACAGAAAAUGUAGAAAUCCAUGCAAUUGUGGUGAAAAUGCAGAAUGUUUUAUUAGUAAUCAUAGACCUGUUUGUUCUUGCCGAAAUGGUUUUGACGGCAAUCCAUAUCAAGAAUGUCGCAUAGUUGGAUGCCGUUCGAAUUCAGAAUGUGAAUCUCAUCAAGCGUGUAUUAACGGCAACUGUGUGAGUCCGUGUCUGUUAAAUAGUACUUGUGGACCAAACGCAGAAUGUUUUGUUGAAAGAUCUCAACCACUUUGCCGUUGUCGAUCUGGAUUUGAAGGUGACGCCUACUCUGGCUGCAAUGUUAUUGAAUGUAGAUCAAAUGGCGAUUGCCCUGAAGAUAAACAAUGCAAGGCUCAUAAAUGCAUAAACCCCUGCUUAUCUGCAAACCCAUGCGGAAGUAAUGCUGAUUGCUUGGUUCGUAAUUAUAUUGCUAUAUGUAAAUGUAAGCAGGGAUUCUCUGGUAGUCCAUAUAUUCAAUGCAGACCCCAAUUCACUGCAGACUGCUACGUGGAUGCCGAUUGUCCAACUAAAUUAGCUUGUUUAUCAGGUAAAUGUGUAAAUCCCUGUACAGAACUCCAGCCAUGUAAAAAUCCUGCACAGUGUGAAGUAUCAAAUACGCUACCAGUUCGUACAAUGAUUUGUUCUUGUCCACCUGGAUAUAUAAGUAGCGGAGGAGGUGUAUGCCGCCCCGCUUCACCAAUAGAAGAAGUAGCCUGUGAACUUGAUACGGAUUGUUCCACAAAUCAUGCUUGUAUAUCAUCAGUUUGCAGAAACCCAUGUGAUUGUGGUCCUAAUACCGAUUGUUUAAUAAAAGAUCACAAGCCUGUCUGCGCCUGCAAACCAGGUUUUAUGGGUGAACCUCACACUGGCUGCUAUAACAUCUUGUGUCAGUCUGAUAACCAAUGCGCCAAUGACGAAACUUGUGUUAACAGUAGAUGCGUACCAGCUUGCUCACUGGAAGUAGAUAUGUGUGGUAAAUCUGCAGAAUGUUACGGAAUUGAUCACCGAGCAUCGUGCCGUUGCCUAAUUGGGACAGUCGGUAAUCCAACUGUAGCAUGUACACCCAUUGGAUGUCGCUCCAACUCAGACUGUCCAGAUGAAAAAUCUUGUAUUAACUUAAAAUGUGUUCAACCUUGUAAUAUUACAAAUUGUAACAAACCAGCGGAAUGUCGAGUACAUCUUCAUGAAGCUUAUUGUGUUUGUCCUCCUGGAUUCGAAAGUACCAUAGAUGGCUGUAACAAAACCGAGUCAAUCUGUAGAAGUGACUUUGAUUGUCCACCAGCUAUGACUUGUUCGAAUAAGAAAUGUGUCAAUCCUUGUUUGGAAGGAAAUCCCUGUGGGAGCAAUGCAGAUUGUAACGUCUUAGAGACUUUACCAGUAAAAACAGUGAUAUGUGAAUGUAAACCUGGUUACAAAGGAAAUGCGCUUGUAAAUUGUACACCAUACAAACAGCCUACUACAAAAUGUGAAGAUGGUGAAGGAGUAAAUGAGUUUGGUGAGUGCGUACCUUGCCAGGCGAGUGACGGUCAUAUAGUAGACGCUCGUGGGAGAUGUGUAUGUAAUGAAGAACGAGGAUUCAUUGCCCGUGGGGAAAAAUGCGAACCCGCUGGCUGCCGUGCUGACGACCAAUGCGAUGACACCUCGCGAUGUAUUAACGGCAAAUGUAUACCUGCAUGUGAGGCUGAACCUUGCGGUUUACAUGCAACAUGCGAAGCCAUAGGACACCGCUCGCGCUGCACUUGUAUCACUGGUUAUGUAGGAAAUCCAAGAGUUCAUUGUAAUCAAUCCAACAUCAAUUACCGUACUGACUUUCCACUACCAGAUAUGCAGGUUCAUUGUCUAGCAAAUGGUGUAAGCGUAAGUUUGAAAAUAAAGGAUUUCAACGGAGUCCUAUAUGUAAAAGGAUAUAGUAAAGACGAAAGAUGUCGCCUGGUUGUGCAUACAAGUGAAAACCAAGAAAGACCAGUUGAUUUCACCGUGUAUUUUGGGGAUUGUGGAUUAGUUCACGUCAACGGUCUUGCAAGCUUCGUGCUAGUUAUGCAGAAACAUCCUAAACUUGUCACAUCAAAUGCUAAAGCUUUCCAUAUAAAAUGUAUCUACCAAACUGGUGAACAAAAUGUGACACUUGCCUUCAAUGUGUCUAUGUUAACAACUGCCGGUACUAUAGCUAACACUGGCCCUCCGCCAACUUGUUCGAUGAGAAUCGUUUCGCGAACGGGCGAUGAAGUUAGCUCAGCUGAAAUCGGAGAGAACUUAGUACUCCAAGUUGAUGUCCAACCUUCGAGUAUCUAUGGUGGUUUUGCGCGUAGCUGUAUCGCAAAAACUAGCGAAGUUGCGACGAACAUAGAAAACGAGUACACUGUAACAGACGAAGAUGGAUGCGCUACAGACGCAGCGAUAUUCGGCGAAUGGGAGCGAAGCGAAGACGGCAGUGCAUUACGCGCCGCCUUUAACGCCUUCAAGUUCCCUAGCAGCGACAAUAUUCGAUUCCAAUGUAAUAUACGAGUAUGCUUUGGAAAAUGUCAACCGGUUAAUUGUCGCGGUUCUGACGCUUUCGGCAAGCGUCGAAAGCGAGAAGCGAUCGACGGAGAUAGCCCUUUGGCGGGUCAACUUCGAGAGGAGGUGACUGUCGAAUCUAACCAGAUUCUGACGCUUGAAAGACGUGAUCCAUCUAGGGCAGCUCGACAACGCGAUGGUUCAGGAGACACAAAUACGACAGGUGGCGCCGGCGAUGUGUGUGUUUCAGCGGCUGGGCUGGCCGUGGCGCUUGCAUUGACGGCACUCUUGGCUCUCGUAGCGGUAGCAGCAGCUGUUGCGUGCUGGUUGGUAGCGUGGAGACGCGCACGUCCUCUGCCAGCCCCACUGCCUCACCCGCCCGACUUCCCGAACCCAUUAUUCCAGCGUUAGUCGCGGGUCCCAGCUAGUCGUUCGCUCCGCUCCUCCGCCGGCGCCAGCGGUGUCGGUCUUCUUUUCUCUCGGUAUUUUGUUCGCCGUCGGAGGACCGUCGGGCGAGGACACCCCAAGCGCCGUCCCUCGCGUGCACUUGUGGCGUCCUGUUUAGAAUAUAUACUACAUGAUAUUAGUUGUCAUAAUGUACUUAGAAUCGUCGCCUCCUCUGAACUAUGUGAUAAAUAAUAAAUAUUCGAAAUCAGCUUAAUGUUGUGUAAAAUAAUCAAUGACGUAGUUCGUAAGCAUUUAUUAAUAAAAACAAUAAUAAUAAA